AUGGGGGCAAAGCAGAGCAGCCCGACUGCUAACCCAGCUGCUAACGGACGAACCAGAGCCUACUCCGGCUCGGACCUGCCCUCCAGCACGGUCAGCAGCAACGGCAGUAACGUUAGCAGGACUACCGCCGGAGGUGUGAGGUAUCAUGCGUACGGUGCGUCCGGAGCCUCUGGAGCCAGCACCAGCCAGCACCUCGGAGCGAGAGCCAGGUCUGUGGGGGGCUCCGGUACCAGACCUCCGUCUGGUAUUAACAUUCCGAACAGCAGCGGAGCCUACAGCUCCCCGGAGUCCGGCGGCAGCAGCCCGGAAGAGGCGGCAGAAAGGGAGCGAGCAGGUGGAGGGGAGGAAGGUCCCCGGCUGAUGAUUGGAUCGCUACCAGCACACCUUUCGCCUCAUCUGUUCGGAGGUGAGAAGCAUGGGCGUUUCCAGAUUUUGUGACUGGGGUGGCCCAACUGUUGCACCCAAGCAUGUAGGGGUGGUACAAAGUAUGUGUGCUAGUGAUGGGAAUUACGGCUCUUUUUAGUGAGCCAGAUCAUUCGGCUCAGCUCACCAAGAAGAGCCAGCUCUUUCGGCUCCAAAAUGGCUCUUCAUUUUACCAUUGAUACGUUAUCUUAUUCAGCCAACUUUAGUGUUGUUUUGCUUAUGAUAUGUACAUUUGUGUAUACAUACCUCUCUAAAAAUUCAAAACACCUUUGUACUGAAGUAUUCACAAGUAAAAGUUAUGUUUUCCAACAUCAGUAAGUUUCUGCAGCUAUCCUGAGUGCAUCUGUGUGAGCACAAGCACAUGGCGCACUCCUGCACCCCUCUGCUUGGUGUAUGCUGCGUGAUUGGUUGCACACAGCAUACACAUGACAAUCAUGCACUGUACGCAUGGAGCAGCCGUCAUCUAGUCAUUCUGCCUUGUAGUUUUUUACUACAGUCUGUGGGGGGCUAAAAGAGGGAAAAAAAGACAACAACAAAAAAAUGGCUCUUUGAACUGGUUCGUUCGCGACCAACGUACCACUAAUGUGUGCAUACACUGAUAAAUAUCAUUUACCAUUCUGUCUGCAGGAAUCACAUUUAUCAUCACUACAAACAAUUUGGGUCAAUGUUACAUUCCUGUUUAAAGUUCCCCUCUUAUAAAAAAUACUCUUUUGGGUGGUUUUCUAUCAAUACUAUGCAUCCCCUCAAAGCCAACACCAGGUCACUUGACUUUAAUGGCACAGCAAUGAGAUGGCAGACUAUGGCGUCAGAAUGACGUUGGAAGUAUAUGCACAUGCUGACUUAGUGAUUAGAGGCUGUAUUUGACAAUUUGAAGGUCCCUAUUAGGGCAUUUUAAUCAAGUUUUAAUCAGUCCCAGAGGUCCCUCACUAGUAAAUUUGAAGUUUGUUGUCCAAAACACCAGUUUAUUUGUGGAUAUCAGCCAGCCUGUACUCCCCUCUUUUUGAGCUCCACUGAGAACAGGCUGAUUCUGCGCCUGUGCCUUUAAAUGAUAAUGAGCUGUGUGUAAUCACGCCCCUCUCUGGAAGGGGCUGUGGCUUUCGCUCCAAUACCGUACGCUAAUGUUUACAGCCUGUGCAGUGUGAUGGCUUAUAGAAGCUCUGUGGUUCAACCAUAGACUGUAUAUAAGAUGGACAGAGUCUGCCUCCUUGCUGGGUGAAGCCACUCCGAGAACGGCACUCUCUGAUGGUGGGCUGCAGUACAGGUCAUAAAUCCCGCCUCCGCCAGCAAAGCUUAUGGGACUGUGGACAAACUUUAGAAAUUUUUUACACAGAGCAUACAUUUUUCUCCCCCCUGGUUGUGAUGUUGACUUGUAGUUAUUGUCAGACUGGUUUGUGCCCAAGUCCUUUUUUUUCUGUACAGCUCCGUUUUUAAAAGUUAUUACAGGGUUCGUGUUUUCUAUGAUUGACACCUGGUACAGCCUAUGGGCGUUUAGGGAUUGCGUAGCUCUCCCGGGGGGAUACGCUGUUUGAGCCGAGCGUUAUCACAGGGACUCUCCGCGACUGCGCGGCCGAAUGCGCGCAUCGCUACUGCGCAGCUCUGGUUUCAAGGAAGUGGAGAAAAACCCAGAAUUACCGAGAGCUUUUUGGCUUCAAAUCCGUAUACAGGCGGAAGGCGGAACCAGGUUGUCCAUCUUAUAUACAGUCUAUGGGUUCAACCCUACCAAUUUGCCAAACUCUGCGGCUGCAACAGGAUGUUUCUGAACAGUGGGUCACAAAUAUUAUGUGUUUUUACUCAGUGUGUUAUGUUACACUGCUAGGUGGGUAAGCUCCUCUGACGCCAAAGUCUGUUUCUGAAUGGUUGGUUACAAAUAUGUCUUUAUGUUUGUCUUUUUACUUUGAUAGUGUGUUAUGUUACAUUGCUAGGUGAGUUAGCUUAUCUGACGGCUAUGUCUCCGCUGUCUCGUCAUUACUUGGAGCUCUUUCGUUGAAUUCCCAAUAUUUUGAAAAGUGGAAUGUUAUAGUUAUCUCUCGUGACUAAUGCUGUCUGGCGUCCGUAAUGUCCCCCAGUUUGUGUAUGUCAUUAUAACCGCACGGCUUUGCCGAUAGUUUGUAGGAGGUGCUAGUGAAUUCUGACACUCCUGCCUUUUCUCUUUUCCUCUCCACACACACACACACACACACACACACACACACACACACACACACACACACACACACAGGCUAGAUACUAAAGGUACAACUGACAUAAUAUUAGACAACCAAUGCGUAGCUUGAUUCAAACCUGUCAAAAAAGGAUGAUGUACUCACUGGUCACAAGAGAACAAUCCGCCUGUUGUUACGUUUGGAUGCAAAGCAGUUAAUCACUGCAUCGAUGUCCAGUUCUUUGGCCCAACUUGAGCUGUGAUUGCCAGUACACCCAGAUUUCUGGUUCAGGCAUCUCCACUUCUGUUCCUCAGGUAGGUUUUUAAAUGCCGUAAGCAGGAAAAGCUCCUCUCACAUGCAGCUGAUGUGUAGCCAGUGUAACUGAGAUGCGCACAAGCUUGAAAAGGUCAACAAAUACUUCUUUGUAUGGCCUCAAUAGCACCAGCACAUCAUGGGUGGUGCUGACGAUGUCCCCCUUUUGUAUCUUCCUAUCAAUAAGUCUUUUUGCCUGGUGAAAUUCUGCUUAGAGGUUUUCUUCCAGUAUUCCAUAAUCUUCAGCCACGGGCAAAAGGAUAUCUUUGUCCAUGAAUGUCUUGUGUUUGGGGUUAAGGGCUGCUGCUCCUUUCAGAACAUGGCUGCUUUCAGAAGAAAAAGUAGCUCUAUGAGCAUUCAUCUAAUUGCUCACAUCCACAAGAGUUGCUAAGAUAGCAGGGAGAGUUCUUGUAAUUACCCGCACUGAAGAAUAUUGGCAGGCCCAUCUGGUAUCCAAUAGUCCUUUUAGUUCCACUACACAUUUGGUGGGCCCAAGUUCUUCCUGCUUCUCCAUGAACACCUUUUUAGUCACUGUCCCAGAAAAGAAGUUGUACAGCAUCUUGACUGUUGCAAAGCAUUCUGCAACUGGUUUCACAUUAUGUACACAGUCAAUUAAAACCAAGUUUAGUCUGUGUGCAUUAGCAAUGGAUGUACAGCGCAUGUGGCACUUCUUGGCAAAAUUUUUCGUGGACACCAUUGUUGCACCCAGAUAUGACAGAUGCCCCAUCAUAGCACUGUGUAGUGCCUGCAUGUUUGUCUAUGUUACACUCGGCAGAUGUCUGUUAAACUGACUUGAGUAAAGACUCUUCAUCCAAGCCAUUUGCAGGAAUAUAGUCCAGAAACUCUUCUGGAAUGCUGUCAUUAUUUAGGUAACACAGAAGAAAUAGUGAUGGGCACAACAGUUCUUUUAGAUGUAAUGAAUUACUAAAAUCAGUUCACUAAAAAGAUUUGUUUACUGACUCAUUCAGUGCUUGGUGGGUGUAGCCUUCGACUUCCUGAACUGAUACACAGUUGAACGAUUCAGGUUUCAGUUCAGUUCACGGCUUCUAGGACCAGGAGACGAGAGUGUUGUGGCUAUGUUUCUUUGACACGUUUGUAGAAUGAACCCGUUUAUAAAUCAUGAUAUUUUAAGUGUACUGUCCAAUGGUAUGCUAUUUAUCUGGUCUAUUCUGUAAAUUGGGUGAUUCGUUGACUGAACGUAGCCUGUGAGCACAGGAAGAUAAAGUCAUGGUCCAAAGUCUAAAACCAUUAUGAUUUGAGUGGUAUGGAACUCUGCCAGGUUGCACCUGUAAGCUCACUGUUGUCACUGUGCUGAAUUGAGAUGGUUUCCUGUUACAGUGUGUGAUUUCAGCUUAGUAGUCUGGGUUUUAACUAAAUGGAUGCAAAAUAAACUCCAGACAGGCUCCAGACAGACAAGUGAGAUAUAAGGACCUCAGCUGUUUACCUGCAAAAAUAAGUUACAGCUGGGUCAGAGGUUUAAUAAAUCAAAUUUAGAAAUACACAAAGCAAUGGAUUCUCCAGCAACAUGUCUGUGCAACAAACAACACCUCCAUACUGAACUUAAAGGAACAAAUUUUUUUUUUUUAAUUGAACAUAUGCAGCAACUAAACAAUAACAAUAAAUUAGUCUGCAAAACUUCCUCUGAUUUAGCAUCUUUCUGAACAGAUGCAUCAUGAAUCGCUCUUCCAUUAUUAGCAGGUUUAUUGUUUGUUUAUUCUUGUUCUUUGGAGUAACAUUUGACUCUGAGUGGUGCCCCUUAGAGACUGUAUUGCUUUAUUUCAAUGCAGAGGAUGUAUGGAAAAGUAAGUGUUGUGGCAGUUCUACUUCAAAUGUGUAGGAUUUCAUUAACCUGUGUAAGAAUCAGUUCUCUAAUUGACUACUUAAAGACAACCAGAGAAGUCUUCAGGUUUCAGAUAAACCUUUUAUUAUGAUGACAGGUAGGGUAAUACAGCGCUGGAUUCACAAUGACAGAGCUCCUAGGAUCUCCAUCACAAGUGCCCAUCUCCGGGUAUCAUUCACAUUUAUCUUCUUGGGCAGGGAUUGCCCUGGACAGAGGUUGGACUUAAUAUGCAACUGAGUAUCAUUGGCCAGUUAUCUCCAGCCUAAACAGGCCAACCACUGUUCAUGUGGUCCUGCUAAAAUGUGCUAUGAAUAAUGUGUGUGAGUUGUUGACAUAGACUGUAUAAAGAAUGGACAGAGUCUGCCCCCUUGCUGGGUGAAGCCACUCCGAAAACAGCACCCUCUGAUGGUGGGCUGCAGUACAGGUCAUAAAUCCCGCCUCCGCCAGCAAACCUUAUGGGACUGUGGACAAACUUUAGAAAUUCAUUACACAGAAUAUAAAUUUUUGCUCGAGUCCUCUUUUUUCUGUGCAGCUCCGUUUUUAAUAGCUAUUAGGGGGUUCAUGUUUUCUAUGAUUGACACCUGGUACAGCCUAUGAGCGUUCAGGGAUUGCGUAGCACACCCGGGGGGAUACGCUGUUUGAGCCGAGUGUCAUCACAGGGACUCUCGGCGACUGCGCGGCCGAAUGAGCGCAUCGCUACUGCGCAGUGCUGGUUUCAAGGAAGUGGAGAAAAACCCGGAAUUACCGAGAGCUUUUUGGCUUUAAAUCUGUAUACAGGCGGAAGGCGGAACCAGGUUGUCUAUAGUAUAUACAGUCUAUGGUUGUUGACCUUGAGGCGUGUAACUACUGUAGCAAAACUGCCAGGCAAAACAAUGGCUCAUCAGGUUCCUCCUUAUUAAGCUAGAUGUCACAUUGUUCUGAUUAAAUGAAAACAACAUGUGGGUAAAUGAAAACACUCAUUAAAUUGUUUGAGUUCAGUGAAAAAGUACAAAUCUAAUGCUAGCAAAGUAAAACACAAUUAUAAUACUUUUAAGGAGGACUGUUGGGUGCUGGUGCUAGCUCUGCUAGUGUUAGGUGCAUCCAGCAAGCCAAUUGGACAAACGGGAAGUUUAUCCACAGACUCUAUUUAGCUGUGUAGAGUUACACACAGUUUUGUGUGGGUUCUGUUACCUUUAGGUUUGUUGGUCUGACUGAAAAUGCACAUUAAACUGAUUCAAUUGGGAAAAUCCAUACCCACUAUUAGUCUCCUGUAAAAGCAUGAGGAGUGGAAGCAGCUUCUUUGGUUAUUAGGGUUGGGUAUCGAGAAUUGAGUAUUGAUGGGGACAGGACUAACAUUUCGAUUCUUCCGGUAUCGUUCAAAUAUUAAAAUUUCGAUUCCAAGUUUCGAUGGCGGAGUCCGCCGACCGGAAAAAAUAGCCGCCGAACAUCAACGAAGAAGAAGCCGCUUAACAAUUAAGAGGACGGAGCAUAUGAGACGAAGCCACACAGAAAGUGAAGAGAGAUAGAGAGUGAAUUGCAACCCACAGCAAUGCAGCCGCUGUGGGUUCAGUGGACUAAAAUAUUUUAAUUUCAAAGUCAUCUGCAGGCUUCUGUUGCACAAUGUAUUCAAGUAUCCCAUCUCAAUAAACGAGAAUAUAUUUAUUCUUAUUUGUUGAGGAGCACCUGUACCGUAUGCUGUUAGCUUGCGUCUGUGCAACUCACAGCUAGAACACUGCAGCAGUAUGCCUCGAUGUUGAAUUUUGUGUAUGUUGUUGCAAAGUUUAUUUCAGGGGUACAGUAUCUGAAACGGAAAGGUAAUAAAACAGCAGAGGAGAUAAGAGUGUGCAACUUUCUUUAUUGUUCAAAUGAUCCUUAGUCGGCACCUUGUCAAACUUGGGUGUUCUCCUCUUGUACAAAGCCUACAGGUACAGUAAGAACCUCAUCCGACUUUCACCCCUGUAUUAGAGUACAGGUUGUCACAGGUUAGUCCACUGAAGAUAAAAUGUGGACACUUCACGUAUGCAUUCCGCUCACAUUAGAUGCCGCAUUUGUUGUUGUAAUGUGAACGACCGCACAAAAAGAUUGGAUUUAACAAAAAACCCGAAUUGUGCAUCAUAACCUGCAGUGUGAACAUAGCCGUAGAGAGGAAGAGGAGUUUAGAGAUUGAUCUGAAAUUGAAGUGUCCACCACAGCAUGUUAAAAAUGAGAGGGGACAACACUAGAUACAAGGCUGCUGUUAAUAAUGGCCUGAAUAUUGAGACUCAUGGUCAAAAGAAGUUCUUGUAAAAGGCAAGGAAGGACAAUAUCUGAGGGGCAGGUAGUGGGUUUAAGGGGAUUCAUUUUCUUUUUGAGGGAGAGGAGUGACACUGGCUCAAACUGGUCAAAAACAGCAGAGGGGUCUUAUAGAGGGAGAGAGAUUUGUGUCCUAAUGGAGUUAAUUUUAUCCAGGAAAAAGUUCAGAGACCUGUCACGUUUCCAAGGAGACAUCAGGGUUGUAGAGCAUUUAAAGCUGAAUUGAUGGUAUUUAAGAGUACACAGGGGUUGUGACAACUACUUAAAAUGACACCAGAGAAGUACUGUGACCGCUGUUCUGUUUAUCUGUUUAGGCUCUGCUGGAACAUUUCAUAAGAUACUUGGAGUUUGUCUUUCUUCAACUUUCUCUCAGACCUCCUGCACACUUUUCUGGCAGCACGAUUUCUGUCAUUAAGCGAGGGUUCAUUUUUAGGUUUACACCUCCUCAUUUUAAAUGGAACAACAGAAACUAAAGUGCUUUUACAGGAAGAGAUAAAAAGGGAGGUCAACUCCUCCGUUUGGAGACAGAGAGGGUUCUCAGUGUGAGAUACACCAGCAUCAUUAAAAGCAGCAGCAAGCUGAGCAGCAGUGCAACGCAAAAGACACAGGUUUUUGACAGAAGGUAUAAAUUUCAAAAACCCCAGGACAGUGAUCAGAGAAAACUACAUUACACACUUCAAUAUUAAAAAAAAGUGAACCACAAGACAAAACUAGGUCCAGAGUGUGUCCCUGUUGCUGUGUGGGACUUGAUACUGCUCAAGAUUAAAAAAGUCGAUAAGAUCCAGGAAGUCUUAAGACAGCGGCUUGGUCAGACAACAGACAUGAAUGUUAAAAUCACCAACAAUUAAAACCCUGUUAUAAUUUGUCAUGAUUCCAGCUGAAAAGUCAGAAAAGUCACAAACAAAAUCCUUGUUAUAUUUAGGUGGAAGGGAAAACACGGCACACAGAACCAGGUUAGGUUGAUGCUGGAGAAAGAGCCUGGAGAUAGCUGCCAGCAGUGAAACUGUUUAUAAAAAUAUUCACUACUCCUCCUUCAUGUCCAGUAGCCCUUGGAGAGUUAAAGUUAGUGCCGUCAUCCGGCAAAAGUUCAGUAAAAAGAGCUUGACUGACUGAAUUUAUUAUUAUUAUUAUUGUUAUUACCGAAUUUAUGAUUAUUAUUUUUAUAUUUAGUAUUGAAUUUUCCUUAGGGGAUUAAUAAAGUUCUUCUUAUUCUUAUUCUUAUGAUUCCAAGCCAGGUUUCCGUUACACACAUAAAAUCCAAUCCAAAGGGAGGGAAGAAAUCUUUCAAAAUAAAAGCUUUGUUUACCAGAGAUCUGGCAUUCUCCAGCGCAAUCCUGUAAUUGUGGUGAUUCAUUCCGCAUCUUUGGAAGACUAGGCAAGGCGUCUGAAUCUGCCGCAGGCAUCCUGUGACAGAUACCAGCCAUGUGUAUGCAGAAGCAGGUGGACACCCAUGGGCCAAACACCAAGGAUUUGAUUUGUAAUCUGCAAAAUAGUGAAGAACUAAAGCAGGAGAAACAGCAUGGCAUACACUAAUUUUAGCCACAGUCCACCGCGUUUUCCCCUGCAUCUCCUCCGCUUCCUUUCACUUUCUUUUUCAUGCAAAGGUGUGAUCAAGUGUUAACAAUGCGGCUGAUGGAAAAGAACGUUUGGCUGGAAGUCUGUUAUUCUCAGCUGCUGGAGACAUUGCAGUGUAUGUUGUUCACUGACAUUUGUCACUAUGAUCUCUCAGUAAUACUGCUCUUCAUUCUGUAGUAGUUCUCUCUACACUGUUUGUGUUGAUCAAUCACUACUUGCUCCCUCUCUUUCUUUCUUUCAUCUGUUCUUUCUCUUGCUGAAGCUCUAGGGUAAACAUGAGGCUGUAAAUCAGUUUUUUAAUGCUUGUAGUGCUUUUCACAGAAAAAAAAAAAAAUUAAUGGAUUCUACAAUUUAAAGCUCCUAAUACAAAAAAAAUAAAUAAAAAAAAAAAAAAAAAAAUAUAUAUAUAUAUAAAUAUAUAUAUAUAUAUAUAUCCUUUCCUAUGCUUGUAUAUAGUUUUCAUUUUCAUUGCACUUUCUUCUCUGCACUAGAGGAUUUUAACUUUUAUAUAGUCUGUACCUAUUCUUUUUUUUUUCUUUCAACUAUAUUUGUACUUUUAAUUCUGUCUCUGUAUUUUCUUUUUUUGUGUGUGUGUGUCUAUUUCAGUGAAAAUGGAGAAGCCAUCCAACCUCGUUGUACCUUGUGUAUAAUGACAAUAAAGGGCAUUCUGAUUCUGAUUCUGAAUCAAACUGUUGAUGGUAAAUGCAAUAACUAAUUAUAGGUUUGAGGACAAGAAAAAAUGGGAGCAAAUCUCGCAGACAGCUGUUUCUGCCCUGUGUGAUCAUUCAGAGCAGCAGGUUGUUGUUGUCACUCUACAAAGUUGGGGCGGGUUUGUUGCUUGUCUAUUCCUGAAAAGAGCUUCAGCCAGAUUAGAGCUCUCACAGGUGGUUGAGGAGACAGAGAACUUUUUUCUGUUGCUCUUAUUAUUCAUUAGCAAGGAGGCGAUCAUCUGAAGCCUGCACACCGACACUGAGAACAGUAACAUUGUGUCUCUGAGGAGGAAUAUCCUCAGGUCAGCAUUAGGUUUGAGGAGAUAAUGCAGCACAGAGCUGAGCCAUGGCAGUGUUAAUGGCUGAGUCAGUCCAGGUUAGCUGAAAUCUACCUUGAUGAGAUAAGCUAUUUGCUACCUUACCUGCUCUCCUAAUCUCAGCUCACCCCCUUCAUUUGAGUCGUGACUUACUGUGGUUUCAUCCUCAGGCUCUUGCAGGAAUGUUUGAGGCUUUUACCCUCUUAUCACAGUUUUUCACCAAACACGUCUGUUGCAGCUGGACAUCAGAAUAAAUAAUCUGAAACUAACUUUUCAAGCCUGUGAGCUGAACUGAACGAUGUCACAAUGUGCUGUGAAGCAGAUUGAAAUCCUAGAGUCAGAUGGUUACUCACUGUAGACUCAUGUCCUCAAACAUAUCGGAGUACUCCAAGUCACCGGAUCCAAAGCUGAUGUGAAAACACUUUCUAGUGGAUGAGGGAUGAUUUUCAAAAAUUGGACCAUGAACUCUUUUCUUUACAGUUUUUCUGGUGUAUGGUUAUUAUGUAACACCCUUCUUACCUUGUUUCUUAAGUGUUAUACUGUUGUUGCUAUUUGCAUUUCAUAGCUGUGGGCCUUGUUUGAACAGGAACAGCUUAAUAGAAUAUGGAAAAGUCUUGGCUGUGCAUUCAGAGAAGGCCUUUCAGUUAAUCUCUUAAUGCAGAACAUGUUUGAAAAGUGUGUGAGACUGCGUGUGGUGGUUAUGCAUAUUAGAAUCCUGACAGGAUGAGCAGAGUAAUUUUGUUUUACACAUUUUGCAUAUCUGUGUGCUUACUUUUCAUUUUAUUUACCAUCUAGAAACUGACACAACUGAUUUAAGGACUAUUUCACAGAUUUAAAAAUGACCUUAUAACACUACUAAAAAAGUCCUUCUGAUCCCCUCAUUAGUCUGGCUUCCCUAGUAAUUUAUUAUAAGUAAUAUUCAUGAACAGACUAACAUCAAACAGAAAAUUUUCAGUUCACUGCAAGUUAUGAAUAUUCGCACACAUUGACUGAGGUUGAUUCAUGUUGAACUGAAAAUUCCUAAUAAAGGUUCCACAAGGUGACACAGACUUCUUUGGUGAUGUUUCUGUCCUGAUUUCUCUCUCUAAAACUAACAUUUUUGCCACAGUGUUAACAGGCAGAUGUGAACAGUGUUGGACUCUUUUCUGCGGACUGCUUGUAGGAUCAGUGACUGUUGUUAUGGGGUUCUGACCAAUCAGAAUUUACCACAGCUGGGUGAUAAGAGGCUAUUGUUAACUGUGUUGUUCAGAGUGCAUUUAAGGAUUUAAGAAUGAGGAUAGUGGUGUUUACGUAAGUUUGUGAUUUGACAUGGAUGCGUAGUGUAUCAUCCACACAGCUCUCAGGAUUUAUAAUUAUUAUUUUAUCUGCCUCCCUCCAGUCUGUUUUUGAGCCCAGUACAAACACAGGCACAGCUCUCCUGCCAGAAAGAGCAGACCUACAACAAACAGUCAAAGUAAGAACCUGUUGCGUUUUCAUCCUGACUUGACUGAGUUAACUUUGUGUGUGUAUUCAGUGCCUGUUGUGGAAACACUCCUGCAGCCACGUUCUGUCGUCAUGCACUGCAUGCAGAGCCAGUCAGAGGGCUCUAAAGCCUUUGCUUUGUUUACCAGACCACUGUUCCUUUACCUGCCCCUCACUGUUCUUCUGAAGUGUCAUUCAUCUGCUGGGACUCAGUGGGCAGAUGAUUUACAGAACACACCACCUGGUGGAACCUUGACUUCCACUUACAGUGACCACAGCUGUGAAAAGGGGACAGUGGAAGUGAUCCUUUACAGGGUUUUUUUUUUCUGGGGACCCUUUUAGUGGCCUUCUUUCCAAAAUAAACUGACCCUAUGAUUAAACCUGUAGGAAGGCUAAAUAACGUAGUUCAGUGGUGUAAAUGAACCAUCCUGGGACAUUCUGGCUCAGAGAUAACAAGACAAAUAGAAAAAAGUUCCAUGGACACUGAAAACUAGUUGAAAAGCUUUUUCACCUUCAACCUCAUCGAAAGUUUUUGUUUAGACCAUGUGGGCAGCCAUGGCCCAGUGGGCUAUUGUGAGAGGGGGAUUUGAUCUCUGCGGUCAUACGCUUAAGUGUUUCUGAACAGACACUGAACCCAAAAUUAUUUCCUGGAGGUAGUGUGUACAUUAAGACUGCUAAAUUACGACAAAAGUCAUGGUCACAAUUGUUUUGAUUGAUAUUACAAUCACAGUCAUAAACCUCUUUAAAGUUAAAACCUCUUAAUUCCUUAGAAAAACAAGUGGGAAAAAUAGUGAAGCCUAACUUUUUUUCUUACCAGAGCAGAUACAUCUGUCAAAGUAAAUGGUGUUGAUUUCUCAAAUACGACUCCUAAAAGAGACAGCGCAUCCAUUUGACUUUGGAUGAUAAAACUCUCCCUAGUCUCCUCCCUCUUUCUUCUGCUCCUCCCCUGCUGUACUCUAUCCUCCCCUUGCUCCCCUCCCAGCUUUCCUUUCUCCUCUUCCCCCUCCUCUCCCUGCUUUCCUCUCUCCUCCUUUCUCCCCCUGCUCAUCUCUCAGCUCUCCUCUCUUCACCUCCCUCCUUCUCUCUCCCUGUCCCAUAUCCUGCUCUUCUUUCUUCCUCCACACCCCCCCACUCUCCUCUGUCCUACUGCUCCUCUCUUUGCUCUCCUCUGUCCUUCUCCCGCUCUUCUCUCUGCUCUCCUCUCUUGCUCCUCUCCCCGCUCUCCUUUCUUGCUCCUCUCUCUUCUCUCCUCUCUUGCUCCUCCCCCUGCUCUUCUCUGUCCUCCUGCUUCUCUCUCUGCUCUCUUCUCCAUUCCUCCUGCUCCUCUCCCUGCACUCCUUCUCCUCUCCCUGCACUCCUUCUCCUCUCCCUGCUCUCCUCUCCCUAUCUGUUGCGCUGAGUGUUGUAGAUAAAGUGGGCCAUAGUGAAUCUUAGCAGAGCAGUAACUUCCUCUCCUCCCCAACUUUGUUUCUUGUUGACUUGACCUGAGCUGACGAUGACGAUAAAAUCAGAGCUGUUUAAAAGGAGGGGCCAUGACCUAUAGAGUCAAAAAGAGACUGGGAAGCAUUGUAUACGCAAGUUAAGUAUUGUUCACCAAAAAAAGAGUUGUAAUGUUUUUAAGAGUUGUAAAUGUUUUUUUUAAUUUUUUUUUCUUAUUUACACAACUUUUCUUUGCAUUUUUCCAAACUUUUUUGCUUUUACAAAAUUUUUCUGCAUUUACAAAAGAUUCUGGCCUCUUUUUGACAUGGGAGCGGGGUUAGAUGAUUGGUUUGUCUAUGGGGAUGGGGUCAGAUGGGGUUUGAUCGUUAGUGUGUCUGUGUGGCGUGUUCAGGGAGGAAAAUGUAGCCAACUAGAUUGCAUCAUGUUGUGUCGACAAAUGACAAAGCCAACAUUCUUGGCUAAUUUAUUAUUGUUGAUACAGUACCUUGAAGCAUUCAGCCUGAACUACCACUGUUCUGGUCUGUCAUCCUUGUGAAACUACAUAAAGUUUUCGAAAAUUUCUUGAAUUCUUCUUCUUUCAUAGUUUUGUUUACAUUUUUUCUGCAUUGAUCCAAAGUCACAAAAAACAUUAUCUGUGACCACAGUUCAUCACUGCAUCCACAAAUGAGCCUGACUAAGUUAAAGUGGAAAACUGUUUUGUGGUUUUCAAAUCAAAAUGUGACAUGCUUUUUGGGAAUCAUGGACAUUGCAUCCCCCUUUCUGAAUAGUAGACAGUCCAUUCAGCUCAUUAUCAGUCCAAGUCCAGCAUCUCUGAUGGUAUAGGGAUCAUCAGAGUCCAUGCCAUGGGUAGCCUCCACAUUUGUGAAGGCUUCAUUAAUGCUGAACAAUAUCUACAGGUUAAGGAGCAACAUCUGCCGCCAUCCAGACAAAGUCUUUUCAGGGAAGACCUUCAUAUUUCAGCAAGACAAUGACAAAAAGCUCAUCAUUAUAACACUUAUUUUUUUUUUUUUACUUUGUCCUUGUUUUUUGUUAUUUUGGGAAAGUUUGAAACACACUGUCCAAAAUCCUCAGCAUUCACAUAAAAACUGUGAUCUUUAACUACACACAUCUAUGUGUGAGGAGGUAUAUGUGUUAGUUUUUUUUUUUUUUUUUUUUUUUUACAGCAAUCUGUUUUUUUUUUUUUUGUUCGGUUCAUUUGGCAGGACUCUGCAUAAUGGCUCUGAGCUCUGACCACACAGCAGAUCUGUUAACUUUUGUGUCCUGCUGCAUCCAAAUGGCUGCAGGAAUUUACCCCAGACUAUUCAUAAUCUGAACAGUUUUCUGUCUUUCUGAGUGAAUAUGUUCUUCCUUGAUAAGAAUAUGUUUCCACACCACUGAGGAGGCUAAAUGCUGCCCUCAUUUUCCAGCAAUCAUGGCCAGGAAGAGCACUUAGGAGAGAGAAGAAGAGUAGGGAAAGGAGCCCAUCAUGAUGGAUGUAAAAGACCUAACUACCUCCUUAUGCUCAACACUUUUCAAGACUUUCCUGACUAUGUUGAAAAAUGAAGGGCCUGAUCUAGUAAAGGUUUGCAUGUGCAAAAACACAUGCAAACUUGAUAGCACGCGCAAACCUGAUCUACUAACCAGGUGCACCCGGGAUUGCGUCUGUCAAAUGAGCAAAACAGCGCGCACAAUCCAUUUAGCAUGCCUUCAUGAAUGUGCAUAUUGUACGUAGAUCAUCGAAACAUGCAAAAUACUGGGAGGAGCAGAUGCAAAUGAAAUCAUGUAGCACCUACAAUAAGAUUUAUCAAACCCGGAAACCGAUUGCAGUCGCUGCAGUCUAUAUAUGUGUCUAUAUUUAGCACGUUUAAAAGGCGCUUGCAAACUGGCACAGCGUUAUGAAAAAAGGGCUGCAGUCAUUGUGGGGAGAAGAAGGGAAAGAAGUACAAUGAUAGACGACAAAGAGAGAGAGUCUCCAGUGCAUGUGUCAACAUGUUUGGACUGUCAGAAAUAAAAAUAGUGGAGUAAUAGUAAUGUAGGCUAAAGCAGCAUUCGUUUUUGAGCUGCCGGGUGACCUAAGGACUUAUUUGGUGCCAGUCACAAUCACAAAAAUGAUCUAUGCCAUAUCUCCUACUGAAAAACUCCUUGUAACACUGCAUUUUCCUGCAUCUGGAUCUUUCAAGAUCCAUAGCUGUUAGUGUGUCUCCCAGAGUAGUUUUUCUGCUGUGCUGUCCCUAGUGUUUAAGACUGAGUGCGGCUGAGUGCCUGAUCUAAUAGCUUGUGAUUUAUGUCGUUUUUCUGGUAAAUGAUGGUUUUCAUAAAUAUUUAGCUUAAACACGGAACAAACAAAAAAAACAUCUCUUUGUCUUAUUGAUUUUAAAUAGUUUAAUCCUUUUUUUUCUUGUCUAAUAUGUGUUACUGCAUCUGUGAAGCACUUUGUAUUGCCUUGUUUAUGAAUGCUGCUUUAGCCUACAAAUAAACUUCCCUUCCUUUUAAUGCAGUUCCCCAAAACAAUAUGUGCAACUCCAUGGCUUCAAACUUCAGUUUGCACAUGCAAUUUAGCGCCCCUUAUUUGGAAUGUUUGUAGAUAUGGUCCCAAGUAUUUCCUGUGCUUGUGUAUAACAUUGUAAGUGUUUUUGUGUGAUCCUCUGAGUUGGAGUGUUGUUGUGCAUCCAGGCUCGUCAAUGAAUACUGAGCCGAUCAAUUAAAUAAUGAUUAUAAAUCCUGUUUAAUAGCAUGAAGUGCAGGAUGUGCUGAUUGAGGGGCAGCUGAGUUAGGGACUGAGGAUAAUGAACACGAUAGCCUGGAUACUGUCCAAAGCACAGAUUAGAUGGGAGCAGGAAUAUGUUGCUUAUUCAGUCAAAACUUUGAGGACAUCAGUGUGUGACCUUCUUCAACUGGGGCCAGGUGGGUUUAACUUCAGCUGUGCAUGGCAUUGGUGUUGAUCAGCAGAGAGAUCAUCAAUGGAGCACCCAAAGCAGUGGCUGUAAACCAGUAAAGUUUCCCCAGGAGGGUCUCAGUCAGAUGUACACUUAAGCUAUGACACCUUGAGUAAGACUUUUUUCACUCUUGCUAUCUGGGUUUUUGGAGAGAUGAUGCCCUUGAAGCAACUUAUCUCCUGGUCAUGAGAGCGAAAAAAGUUUUCACUAACCAACUAGUGUACAAGUAAGAAAACAUUCAGAACAUAGUCAGAUCUAAGUACAGUACAUUUAGUCCCAUGAAACGCAGCAUCACAAAGUCUCGUGGUAAUUGUGGCUACCAUCUGCAGGGUGAGCAGUGCACCACUGUCCACAUGCUUGUUAUGCCUUGUCCAAGCCAACAUACAUCCUGAGCCCUAUCUUCUAAAUCAUGAGCAGGGAUUCGAAUUGAUAGGAUUUUAUUGAUUAUUUAUUCCCUUAUCAAUUCUUGUGUAUUUUUUGGGUUGUGGCUAGGGCAGGUUUUUCGUGUCAACAACACAGUUACAAGUUUUAUUACCUUCACCGCUCUAGUGAGACAUACCCGCUGUUUUUUAAGCAAAGGAGGAUAAAAAACAAUGUGGGAGCAUCAUCUGUGACACUUUAAAAAGGACAAUGUUAUCAUUCUACUGCCCUCCUCUAUGGAGAAGUGGGAGGAGGAUAAACAGAAAUGGCUUAAAAAACAUAUGCUAACAUAUUUAGCUACUUUGUUAGGUCUUUUGCUGUAGACUGCAGACUGAAGCUUAUCAGUAUUUACAAAGACUUUGUUUUAAGAGGUUUGACACAAUCAUAUGUUCUUAAAAGGACAUGUAGAGCCAAGUUUGAGCCUCAGUGUCCCUGGCUUUUAGUGUCAGCUCCAGGUGAAAUGCACACAACUGCAGGACCGGGAUGAUCCUGCAGCCAUGCAGCUGAGAUCCUGUGGAGGGUGUGAUUGUCUUUUGGCAGAUUAUUAUUUAUUUCCCUUAUUUUGAUUGACAAAAACAUUAAAAAUAAAUUAGGGAUGUCCCGAUAUGAUAUUGAUGUAGGAUAUUUGUCCGAUUUCAGCAAAAAAAAAAAAAGAAUAUCAGAUUAUAUUGGCCCGCAGUUUCACCUAUAAUGGUAAAUACAGUAGCACCAUCAGGAAUAAGCUAGAUAGGUUCCCUUUGUUUUGACAGAGACACAGAGAUGACUGCAGGAAAGCUACUGGUCUCAUGUAGGUGGUGUUUUACUGUUAGUAGGCAUGUCAUACUGUAGUGUUAUUAUAAGCUUAACAAUAUUAUGUCGUAUACAACAAUGGUUUGUAUCCCCUCUCUCAUCUGUCCUUUGUAAUUGGACUCCUUAGUUGUUGUUUUCACUUUCUGCCUCUCUAAAUGUAUCACAUCAUUGUGUAAUAAGGCACACUGACCCAAGGGUCUUAAUAGGGAAAUCAUUUAGCCUUAAGGUAACUGAUGCUAAACUAUUUGGAGCCAAUUCUCAUCUGAAACUGGUUCUUAAUUCCUGCCAAAACACUGACAAAGCAAACUGCUCCAUGAAAUGCCAUCUGUUAACUGUGCUUGUCUGUUGGAUAGUAUGGGUAAUACUAUGGGUAUGGGUAGUACAAUAUUACAGUAUUAUGCCUAUAAACUUUAACCCAAGCUCCUGUUCCAGCUGUUCUACAGCAUGGACAUGACAUGUAAUCAGCAUUGAAAAAUAAUAAUUCAGUUAGCCGACCAGUAAUUUUGGUGCCAACUAGUGAGGUGUCAGCGUUGAAUUAUUCAACUAACCAAACAUGCACAAACCUAUUUUGGAGCCAGAACUGUUGGUGUUCUGGGGGUGGUUAAGCACGGAGGGAGCGUGCUCUACACUCACAUCACAGGACAUUAGAUUUCACGUCAUGUUGUCACAAGUCCCUCAUUGUCCCGUGCAGCGUCUGCUUGAAACACACAGAGAGCUGACCUCUGGGUGUCUGUAACUGUGUGUCAUAUGACUGUAGAAUGUAAACAUGCACGCAAGCAGGGAUGCUGCAACUACCACAGUUAUCUGGUUUCAUUAAAAAAAAUUGUUGUCCAGCUCUGCAGAUGCACUGACUCCUUAACUUUGAACAUCUACACCAGAGCACAUAUAUUACAGUGGUGUGAAAGUUAUUUGCAGAAAAAGACAAUUGUGUUGUAGUGGUUACCAUCAAAUAAGAAAAAUUUUAACAUUGACAGACAUGAUUAAUUACACAUAAGUUCAUCAGUUAAUGUAGUAACUUGCCACUUUACCUGUCUUCUCCUCCUCUCUGGAGGUCAGAACUGCUGUCGGAGCUAAACACAGCAUGAGCAUGAGGAGGGUUAGAUUGAAAAGCAGAAAAUAGACAGAUUAAUCAACAUUAUAUAUAAUUGUGUUAUUAUGAAUUAGUAUUGUUUCUAAGCACUUAAUUAACACUGCAUAGAUCUGAUGUCUACAUUUUUCAUAUCCCAGUAUUUAUUUCAGAGAGGAAUUUAAUUGCAAUGUUAUUUUUUUAAAUAUAGUACAAUAAGGCUCUGUAACAGUGGCUUAAAAAUGGACAGAUUGACCUACCCUGCAAUAAAAAAAUGUGAGUCUGUUCAGAAAAAGUCUGUUUCUAUUUCUAAGACCAUAUAAAUGAUGUAGCCAUGGCUCAGAGGUCAGGGCAGUGACAGUACUUGGUAGUUAACACUUUCAUCCCCCUGGUUCAUGAGACAAAGAGUUACUGUGAUUAAUGGAGCAUAAUGAAGAGACAUAUGUGGACCUGGGAGUUAAUGAUGUCCAUCUGUCUGUCUUUCUUUUCCUCACUAUAACAAGAGCCUAGUCUGCCGUCCAGUCAUUUUAAUUCAAAGAUAAAACACAGCACUGUAACUCCAGGGACACCUGCUUCAUCAUCACUUCAGUCAGUGAUCACCUGCUCUGUUCUGAUGAAGAUGAUUAGUUUAUCAGCUUUGUCAGACCAAAUGCUGCUUUCUUUUUUGUUUGCAUUAAGGAAAGUAUUUUCCUGUUGCCUCUUCAUCAAAACCAUCAUCAUCAAAAAGUCUGUGCCUACAGGAAGCGGAUGUUUCAGAUCAUGCUUAUUUUUUGUUCUACAUUCGCUUUGGUUUCUUCUGUGGGUAUCAGUCCCUCUGCAGCAGCAAAGUUUCCUGCGUUGCUAACCCAUCACUCCAGGGCUUUUAACAACCUUUACCGUUCUGUCAGUGACUUUAUCUUUACUUUUCCCUGCCAAUGGGAGUGAUUCCAGGAGACAUAUUUUUCACAAUGUCUUCAUUUUAGGACAAGGAUGACCUCAAAAGAACGUAUACACACACACACACACACACACACACACACACACACACACACAGAGUUUAAUUUCCUGGAGAGAGUAUCUCACAGUGUUUAGUGGAUGAGUCAUCACAGGUAAUGCUCCUUUUGCCUUUCAGUCUUUUCAGAAUGACAGGAGUUACGCAGAGUUGGUACUGGUCCUCAUCAAUGUUUUAGGUGAAUACACCUCCAGUACGCAGUCCUAAUUGUCAGCAGAUGGCUGGGAGAUCUUGAGAGAUGUCAUCUUGCUUGAGUGUGCAUGUGCGUUUUGUGGUUCAUUGAAGUAGGUCAGACGGGCAUUGAACAGUCUGCUUUUGGCUGCACUAAUCUAUUUAUCCCAUCAGUGUUACAUAGGAAACACUGAUGGGAGGAGGAAGCUCCACAUACGUGAUACCGUGCACACAUUUCCCUCUUCUGUCUGCUGUCUGUCAGCCAUCAGUGGCAUGUGACUCUGCCUCCUGCGGCAGAGCUGCUCGCUCACAGAUGAGCGUUAUCACCUCUGCCUCCCCCUUUCCAUGAAUAUUUCCUCCACUAUUUCAGAGAAAACUUUUAGUUGAUUGCAUCAAAAAAUUGAUUUUGUUGCUUUUUAUGUUUUUUUUUAUCGUUAAAGGGAUAUUCCGGUGUAAAUUUAAGUUAUGGUCAAACACACACGUGGCUGUAUUGUUUCAUAUAGUAGUGUUGCACUGAAGAUUCUUGCAACUUGCACAAUAAGGAAUGUCAUUUUAUUUACAUUUUAUUUAUUUGUUAUUGUGUUAAUGUUUAUGCCACUGGCACAUUACUUUGUACUUUGUUAUUACUAGUACUAGUGUUGAUUACCUCUGGCCCUAUCUUUAAUAUUUUGAGCUCAUUGUUCCUCUGUUAUUUAAGGUUAAGGAAAAGUUCAUUCUGCAUGUUAUUUUGAUUGUUUUUUCAAAAUAAAGCUUUCUUAAAUGAUUUCAGGGCCUGUAUAAGUACAUUUUAAACAUUUUGAACAUAUUUCAAUAAUACUGUGAUAAUGUUGAUAACCGUGAUAAUUUUGGUCACAAUAAUCGUGAUGUUAAAUCUUCAUAUUGUUACAUGCCUAGUAUCAGUAUACAUACGUGCACAUGCCUAGUAUUAGGAUUUGUGAGUUAUCGUCUGCGAUGUCACUGCUGAUUCAUCACUCCCUCAACCCCUAUUAACUCACCACCAGUAAUAUUCCCAUCCUGGGGAAAACACUGAAUCAAUCAAGCCAUCUCACUGUUUGUUUUUUUAGCUUACAUCAACUUCUGUAAUCAGAGGAUCUUUCAUUAUGCAAACUACAUGCACAUGUGACUGAAAUGUGAUGCUUUACUCUAGUAAACAUGUUUUUGUUCAUUCAGUUCAUUGAUUGAACACAAAAUUUGCCUAAAUGGUUAGAGUUUGAGUGGGUGAGCUCAGGAUCGGUCAUGUUUUGCAGCUGUGAGCUAUUGUGGAUCACAUACAUGGUUAGAAAUCCAAAGGAUGGGGUGGGGGCAGGAUUAACAGAACAGUCUCAUGCAGGUCCCAAAGGUCCACAUAGGUUUGCUUUUGUACCAAUGAUGGCUUGUUAAAGAGCCAGAAGAGUUUGUAGCUUCUUCAUUAGCCAUGACGAACUUUAUCUUGAAUUAUGCAGAAAACACAAGACUUGACCUUGAGUUGAGUCUUCAUGUGUGAGUGAACACUGUAUUGAGAUAACCAGCUGUUCAGAGUCCUGAAACUUCAGAAGUGGAUCAUGAGAUAAGAGUGAGCUAAUGGUAGCAUUUUCUUCCUCAUUUUGUGAGCCUUUAGGCUAACUUGGGCCUCUUUGGACAAGGAUAAAGCAGUUAGGCUCUGAGUGACUCUUUAACACAGUGUCCAUCAUUUGGUUGUCUCAUGAAGUUUGCUGCUUCUUCUCUCUCACCUUGAUAAGAAAUGGUUGUAAACAGUUCAUCUGAGCACUCCUGUUGUCAUGUAUGGAUAUGCUGUUUCUUUUUUUGCACUUUUUUUGUGUGUGUUUUUGGAUUUGUGCUGAAUAUUAUAUAUCUGCAGCAUGCUUUCAGUAAAUGCAGUUGACUUAUCUUUUUGCUUCCUUAUUUAUCUUAUUUUACCUCCUCAUUUGCAUUAGUUUAGGACAUUUGCAUGUGUUCAUGAUAUUUCAUCAUCUCUUAUCUUGCAGCAUGAUAAAAAUCUGAACACUACUGUAGAUCAGUUAGUUCUGUCAGCCGUUCUGAAAGGUUCCUAAAUCUUUCUGCAGUCCCUGCAAACAAAAAGGAAUCAUUCAAUGGAGAAGCACCUUCACAUUAGGAUUUCUCUCUUGGUUAGAUUCUCUUAGAGCAGAUCUGUGUAACAUUAUCCUAUCAUAAUUUCAAGUACGCUUUGUUGUGUUUCAUCAGAGUGACAAAGUUUCUUAUCUGGCGAGGAGAGGAGAAGUACCUGUGUGAAUGUAAAGAACUAAAGGGGCUCAUCAGGAAUUACAAGCAUGUUGUAAAAUGAUUCAAUCUUGAGGUUAAGAGUUAAAAAAAUCAGAUUCAUACUCAUCUCGGUCUGUUCUCUCUCUGUGUGUCAUUCAAACAAAGCUUCACAUCACUUGCUGAGACCAGCUUGAUGAGGAAAGGAGGAGAACACACACACGCACGCACGCACACACACACACACACACACACACACACACACACACACACACACACAAAUGUAUCACUCUAUCAUUUAUUCUCUGUGUUUUUCUGCCCUUUUUUAGGCUUCAAGUGCCCUGUGUGCUCCAAGUUUGUGUCCUCAGAUGAGAUGGAUCUUCACCUGGUGUUGUGUUUAACCAAACCCAGAGUGACCUACAAUGGUAAGACCAACCAUCUUACAGAUAAACAACCCUGUACAAGCUGUAACCGUGGUAACUGUGAUCUCUUAUUGGUUGGUUUGUGAAGUGUUCAUGCUCAGCAUUUCUCUGUCCUUUCACAAACAGCAAGGUUUGGGCAGUUUACCACUAGUACAUGGAAUGAGCCUGAAGAGAGACAAUAAGUGUGCAAAUUAGACAUAAGAUAGCACAAUUACUAGAUUGUUUAGCAUGAUGCACUUUUCAGGAACCAUAAUAAUGAAAUUUAACUUGAAGAAAAUUGGCUUCCAACUACAUUUUGUAAGUCUCAAAAAUAAACACCAGUUUUUUUUAGUACAACGAAAUUUUUGCUGUUAGCAACAAUUUUGAAUGAUAAACUAUGAAGCCAAUACUGACGGGUUCAAGUCUGAAGUCCCUCCACAGUACUAAAGCCUCAUGGACAAGCUUGUGGUGUCACAGUGUGAAGAAAUGAGAGAGCAGAGAAAGUGAUGAUGAAUGAAACCUGACUUAAUUAAAGACCUUGUUUUAAAGCCAAUGUCCUAGGGCAAGAUGCUUGACCCUGCCACUGGUUGCAGCCAGCACCUGGUAGUGUGGGGAUGGAUAGUCAACAACUGAACUUGUUUCACAGCAGAAGACGAGGAAAGCACUUUAUUAACAUCGUCCAUUGACCAUUUUAUCCAUCCACUCAAGUUUCUGAAAAGAAUUGAAUUCCUAGCCAACAGGUAUUGUUGAUGGCUGUGGUGGUGAAGGGUGUGAAAAGGUCCAAUUUCUGGCUCAAUACUACUGUAGCGGUCAACCCAUGUGAGUUUUUUCAAAUGCCGACAUGGAUACCAUUAGUAAGAGAGCAGGUCGGACAAUAUACAGUAUAAUACCAACAUGACAUUGUUGAUUUUACAUACUAUAAUAAUGUGAACAAAUAUCACUAAACAUCACAGAGCAGUACGUCAUGGUCAUCAGAAUUUGUAUCAAACUUGAGUCAGUCUUAGAUCUGAUAUACUGUCAAAUGCAUUUCCCAUUUGUAAAGAUGAUGCAGAGAUCAUAAAAGUUAUUGUUUUAUAGAAAAAACAUCAACAGUCGUGAUUCUUUAGAGGAAUUUCUAUGAGCAGGAGUUCUGACAAUGUUACCCUCUGCCCCAAAACAGUCUUAUUACUAUCUGAGAGAAAGAGAAUGCAUUCAAGAAAUGACUAACAUGCUCUCAUAAAAGUAGACAAUCACAGAUUCCUGGUUAUGUAAGCUGAGCCUCUGUUUGCAGUCUGCUUCUCUGUGAAAUCUUGUGUAAUCUUCCUGUAAUGUUUCCAAAACUGAAGACUAACACCGUGGUCGCCUACAGGCAGUCUCUUCUUUUAUUUAGCACCGAUCUGUUGGACUCAUGUAUUAAAUGCAGCUACCUCACCAGCUAAUGUGACUGAGAGGAAAUGUCUUCAUCAUUUCCCCGAUAUGCCCCCUUGGCUCCUGAGACUCACUCUGGGCUGUUUAUCAGGUUUGUAAAGGUCAUUUGAAGAGGCAGCAGGACAUAAUCAGGUUUUAUUGAAAACUUUACACCCUGCUGAGUCUGAGAAUGCUGGUCAGUCAUUAAAAGAAAUAAUGGUAGUUUUGUAUGUCAGCCAGGCUGUGAUAUCUGCACCAGAAUUCAUCUUUUGUUUGCCUUUUAUGUUCACAUGGAAACAGAUCUCACUAUGGUUCAGUUCACAGUCAAAAUGUAAAGGACAUCAAAGUGGUGACAUCAUAUAAAUACCAAGGUGUACAUCUGGAUAAUAAGUUGGAUUGGUCUAAGAAUAUAGACUACAUCUACAGAAAGGGGCAGAGCUGCCUCUUUUGCCUGAGAAGACUCCGAUCAAUAGACAUCUGUAGUAAGACACUGCAGAUGUUUUAUCAGUCUGUGGUGGCAAGUGUUCUGUUCUACGCUGCAGUCUGCUGGGGAGGAAGCAUCAAACACAAAGAUGCAAGACGUCUUAACAAACUGGUGAAAAAGGCUGGCUCUGUGGUAGGACUCAAGCUGGACUCAGUGGAGGAUGUGGUGGAGAGAUCUACACUGAGGAAGGUGGAGACUAUUCUAAAGAACAUGGAUCACCCACUUCAUAACAACUUAAUUUAUUUAUUGUUUUUAUAUUUAUUGUUCUUAUAUUUAUUGCUUUUGUUGCACACUGGGAAGAGCAUCCUAAACUAAUUUUGUUUUAACUUGGUGUACAAUGACAAUAAAAGUCUGAAUCUGAAUCUGAAUCUGAAAGGGCCAAUAGUGGUGGACAGUUCCUCUCUCUUCACUGCAGGACAAAAAUAUUUUAGAAGAUCUUUUGUACCCACAGCCAUCAGACUUUACAACUCUUCUGUAAAUAGCAGAUGACUUUUAGAGACAUGACAACUGAGAGUACAGACAACUGAAUUUCCCUUUGAGGAUAAAAUAGUUAUUCUUAUUCUCAAACCUGCUCCAAAGCACCUCAUUUAUAGGUAAUUUAAAUUCAAACUGACUGACUGACUGAUGUAAAGAUUAGAACAUAUCCACAAAACAGUCAAAAGUGAGCACAUUUAAUAUGACUGAACAUAGUAGCACACAGACAGCUAGGUUUUCCUUUCUGAUUCCUCUUUAGUAACUUUACAUGAUUUUUAGAUCAAAAAAGCCUCCUGUUUCGCACUCUGGUGUAUUAAAAUAUCAAUAUUUCAACAUUUGUUUCUUUUAGCUGCUGUCUCUUUACAAGCCUACUUUCUUCUGAUUGGCAGGGCUUGAUGUUUUGGCCCCACCCCUCUACUGUGGUUGAUCAGUUGAGCAGCGGAGCAGCGUUUCCCCCGUAGUCAGUCGUUCAGUUGUAGCUUUGACAAACCAGUAAUGAGAGACUAUUGCAAUGACAUCAUUAGUUAGAGAGUCUCUUAGAGAUCUCAUGUGAUCUUCGAACAAAUUAUUUUGAGCAGUUCACAUUUAUUUUCUAAGAUUAUUACAACAUCCUUACCUUGUGAUGUGAAUAUUUACGUAAAAUCAAACUUUAUAAAGCGCUUUUCCUACAAAAGGGUGCAACACAAAGUGCUUUGCAGUACGUUAAAAAAACAGUUUGACACUCAGUAAACUUUGGUUUUUAGAUCAAAAUACAGACCACCCAAGGCCUGUACCACGGAGCUGGAUUUGAUCUUAGCGAGAUAACUUCUGGAUAACUCCAGGGUUUUCCGUACUACGAGGGUGGAUUUCUUUCUAUCUGGGUCCGCCGGAAUAUCCCUUUAAGUACACAUCAUAAAUGUUCUUCCUUGAGAUGCGUCACCCCACUGCAGUCAGUGAUGGACUCAUCCGAGCUCUCCUUACAAACAGGCAGCUGCUGGAGGAGAGUGGCUGAGUUGUGUUUAGUCUCUUUGCUAAAGAAAACAGGCAAAGCUAAAAAGAUGUUUGGUGGCUAGUACUGUGGCUGAGACCCUAUAUGUACUGUUGAUGAAGUUAGGUGCUGUUCUGAGCAUUAUUUGUGGCUAUAGAGUGGUGUUUUGGUUGAGGUUUGUUUAUGGCUCCUUAGCCUGCUGUGUAUUGCUAUCCUGCGUUCGUUACUAAAGUUGGUAUAACUGGAGCAGCAAGCAGUCGGCAGUAUUCAUCCCUCGACGGGGUGUCUAACUUGUUUUUACGGUGUGUUUGACCCUAAAUUAAUUUUACACCGGACUAUCUCUUUAAGUGCAGCUGGUGAUAGCAGGAGAUGAGGUGCAGUUGUGUCAGUGCAGAAGGAGCCAGAGAAGAGCCGCCCAACCUCUUUGGAUGAAAAGGGGGAGAAACUUCACUCAAACCACAAUAUUAUGAUAUAAAAUGUCCAAAAGCAAAUGUUAUCAUAACAUGUUUGCUGUUUCCUUAUGAAAGACAACAGCACACUGCUGUAAACAGCCUGCAAAUUUAUUGAACUGGCUGCAGCUCUGAUUAUUCUGUGCUUAAUUAUUGAUUCCAUUCAAUGAUGUCAAAUCUCUGAGUGGUUAGUACAGUCUGGCCAUCUGUAGCAGUGAGUUGUUCUCUGUUAGCUUGAGGUUCAGUGUAGAUGGCUGCUUAUAGUGUUUGACUCAAGUAUGGCUAUGAUGUGAAUUUGCACAUUUGCUUCUGUGUGUUUACUAACUUUCUUAGUCCUUGGUUAUUGACCACAGAAAAGCUCUGUUGGUCUCUUGCUGUAUAUUUAGAGAUACACCUUUUGAGUUUAUUCUGUGUGAAGUAGUCUCUGUGUCAGAGUCUCUUGGUCUGCCUACAUUACCUUGCAUCUUCUCAAAGCUUUUUCAGAGUGAGCAUUAGCUAGGUGGCUUCCACCAUAUUCCCUGUGGUGUCAGUCACCACAGUAUGACAGUGUCUGCAAAUUGCUUAUUAUUCUUCGUCAUCUUUUCUCCUUUCUCCUGUCUCAAAGGGACACACAAAUAUUUAACAUGUCCACUUUCAAAACCAAAGGAGCAUCCAGAAUUACAAAAUUUUCCUUUUGCCCUCCUGUUCAAAUAUUGUCAAUUUCAUUGUACAAGAACUGAGAUGUGAGCAGAGUGCAAAGGAUGAUAGGUAUUUAUAAGACUAUGGCCUCUCGUCCUUCUCACGGCUCCAGUGCAACAGAAUAAAACUAAAUUUUUUUUGGAAACACCUGUGGUUCCCUGUGUCCUUCAGUCCAGGACAGCAUGAAGACAUUCAUGAAACACACUGUUACAUUUUUAUUGUUGUUUCACAACAAAUGAUGUGUUUUUGCCGUAUUUGAGUAUUUGUGAUGACUGUAAAGAUUGUUUUACAGUGUGAAGCUGUGUAAAAGAGAUCAUCCUAAAUUUGACUUCUUUUUGAGUGUUGUCUUACCCCUGGACUAGUCAUCUGGUCAAAAUUAAAACUUCUGAUUCUUAAACUUGGAAAUUGGUCUCCUCUACCAUCCCCACUAUUACAUGAGACUGGACCAUAGGUAAGCUGGACUCUGGGUUUGUCAGGACACAACAAAGUCUGGUUUUACAAAGAUUUUAUCUCUACUCCUCUGCAGCUGCUUUUGUCUCUUUUUUAAAUUAACUCCAUUAGUUUUAAGAUAAUUUAUUGAAAUCACCUUGUUCUGUGUUUCCCUCUCAGUGUGAAUGACCUACUUUUACUCCUCUGAAGAGAAAAGUGAUAGCAGACUGAAAACCAUUAAAGAAAACAAAUACAGUACAAUACUGUAACGCUGUUCUCUUCAUGUGAUUUCUGUAGAAAACCCUAGGCUCCUAAACUGAUGCACCAGCAUGUUUCAGCAAAAAGACCACAAAUAUGUUCAGUCUUUGUCUUGUACUGCUGUUUUUGUGCUGGGGGACAGUUUUAGUUCCCUUUCAGUGUUAGCAGGCUUCCUGUUCAGCAGGGACUACUCCUGUCUGAAAUACCAUCUCUUAGUCGCAUGAUCAUCAUGAUCUGAUCAGUUCCUUACAGUACGAAGAAAACCAGUCAUCACAGUCCUCCCCACAGCACUUCCUCUGAGGCAGAAGUUACUGCUGCUGUAUUUCAAAUGAGGAGGACUGUUAAAACCUGCAGGUGAGCUCAAGUCUGUGACCAGUGGUGGUCUGCAGAGGUUUACUCAAAACUUUUUUCACUCUGUGUCGAAGAAGUCUUUUUGUUCCAGUAGUGGCAGGACAGUAGAUUGUCUGAUUGACAUUAUAUUGUGUACUGUUACUUUGCACUUGCAGACGUUUGAGCUGAAUUAUACAGUAAAGAUUAUAGAGUAUAAACAUUUAUGCUGAGUGACAGGAAAUGUGCUUAAAGAUAUGGAGCUCUAUUUUCGUGCCUCACUGGCAGCGUGGCGCAGGUGCGGCAUAAGCUAGGUCUGCUGCACCGAUGAUGCGUGCCCAAGCACACUUUGGUAUUUUGGUGAGCGUAAGUGGCAGAGAGGGAGGCGUAAGUAGCAGAGAGGGAGGGGAUAAGGUAUAGAGUGGGUUUAGCACACUCCACACUGUUUUCACCAAUCACAAUAGCUCCUCUCCUCACCUCUAUAUCCGCCACCGUUGAGGUGUAUGACAAUUUUCAUGAAGUAGUUGAAGAGAUCAAGAGAUGGCUGAAGACAGUAAUGCCACACGAUGGCGACAGAAGGCUGCCCUUCAACAAGUGUUGCGGUAAGCGCUGAGGAGGGCGUUCUCCACACCCUCUCAAAUAAGCACAGAGGGAUUUGGUGUGUGUAAGGUUGUACCCACUGGUAAGACAAACACCCUUUUCCACAAAUAAAGACAAUCACAACCUACAAAGGUGGGUGUGCCCACAGAUUAAAACAUAAACAAAUUCUAAUAGUGGCAUUAAGAUCGGAACCACCUGUGCGUAAAGGACGCACCACGCUUCGUGACCUGGCUCUUCCUUUCAUUGAUAUUGGCAUAUAAAAUGAACUUGACUCACCCAACUGAAUAUUACAGUAUUUGUAUGUGGGUCUGACACCGGGUUGAAUAUUCACAGAAUUUUAAGGAUGUGAGAACAUUAGAUAAACGGGUAAUUUUAAAUAAGGUUUUGUUUUUUUUUCUGCAAAUUUUUGAAGUAAAUAACUUAUCUGAAGUAAAUCAAUCAUCUGGUCAGCUGCCACAGCAGCAGCAGGACGGGGAGAGGACACAGAGACAUGUCCGGCUGGAGCUGCAUGAGAAAGAAAAGGAAGAGAAAGAGAGAAAAAGUGGGGAGACAAAUUAUCAUGUGUGACUAUUUACUGGAUAUUAAAUGCGGUUUUAGCUGUGUUAAUUCAGUCAAAUGUGUCAAAACGCAUGCCAAACACGCUCAUCAGAUAAGAUAGAUCAGAAUAUAUCGAUAUAGAUCUAAAUGUAUGUGCUGACUCAGAUAGUUGCACUGAAUUUUCAGGGCUGUACGUUAACUUUUUGUGUCCAUAGCACCGGUGCUACAGAGGUUGACAAUCUUGUAGCAUAAGACAAAAACUUGUACUUGCACGAUAUAUGACAUGUCUAUCUAAGAAACCGGUUGUGUGACUGGCAAACGACACGUUGUACAUAUUGUAUACAGUAAAUAAAAUCCAAACAAGUUUUUUUUAGAAACAUUUGAUUUAUUUCUUUUAUAGGACAAAAAUAAAAAAGCUAAACCAACUUGAUGCUUAAUACUAAAUAAGAACUGCACUUUAAUUUAAAACAGUUGUAAUCACAUCACAGUAGGCAUGUCAUCUGACCACUUCUUCAAGAGUGACUUUCUGGCCCUCUUGGAAGACGACAUCCAGUGUUCUGCAGCACGACUGGUUUCAAACUCCUCAAAAGGACAACUUUCUGAGCUGAUUCGGAUUAAGUCUUCAGUUGAGGAGACAUGGAGGCUGCUGUGGGUAGAGUUUUAAAUAUGAUUUUGCGAUGAGAAUCCACGCUCACAGCGAGUGGAGGAGAUUGGCUUUACCAGGAGAAUUUCUGCCAAGUGUAGGAAGUUCUGAAAUAAAAGUAUUUAUAAGUAAAACUACUUAUUCAGAUUUCCUAAUGCAAAUUUGUAAAUUCUUAAGAAUGUUUAAUGCUGCCCAUAUACCUUGAAGUCUGAGCAAUAGGGCUCCUUGGUAAGAAGUGUCUGCGACAGUCCUAAGUAGCACUUAUCUGCAAACCUGGUCCUGACAAGGGCUUUUAUCUGCUGCCAUUCCUGUUGCUCUUGGUGAAGCUGGCAUCCACCCCUUUGUCAACAUAGAUAAGAGGGAGAUUGAUUAGAGAAGGGAAUGAGAUAUGGAAACAUUUAGGCACUCUGAACAUGUAGAUGUGAUUGAAAAAAAGCUUGUGUUUUGUUUGGACCUCUAUUCAAAUCUAAUGCUCAAAUGUCCAUGUUCUUUGUUGCUGCAUCCACUCACUGUCUAAGAAGCCAUGGUCCAGCAGUUCCCUUAAACUCUCUGGCCAUGUGUCAUGGUUGAAUAUUUUGAAGCAGUUGACUAUACUUUCUUCUGAAUCAAUCAGCACACAGCUGAAGCGUGACCUCAUCUCUGUUACAGCAAUAUCAACAGCUGCUGAUACAAAACCCAAUUCCAUUGAAGUUAGGAAAGUGUGAUAAAUGUAAAUAAAAACAGAAUACAAUGAUUUGAAAAUCCUUUUCAAACUAUAUUCAAUUGAAUACAAAACAAAGACAAGAUAUUUAAUGUUCAAACUCAUAAACUUUGUUUUUUUGCAAAUAACUAUUCACUUUAGAAUUUGAUGGCAGCAACACAUGACAAAGAAGUUGGGAAAGGUGGCAAAAAAUACUGAGAAAUUUGAGGAAUGCUCAUCAAACAACCAUUUGGAACAUCCCACAGGUGAGCAGGCUGAUUGGGAACAGGUGGGUGCCAUGAUUGGGUAUAAAAGCAGCUUCCCCAAAAAUUCUCAGUCAUUCACAAGCAAGGAUGGAGCGAGGUUCACCACUUUGUGAACAACUGUGUGAGCAAAUAGUUGAACAGUUUAAGAACGUUUCUCAAAGUACAAUUGCAAGUAAUUUAGGGAUUUCAACAUCUAGGGUCCAUAAUAUCAUCAAAGUUAAAACUCUACUAUCCAAAGCAAAAACCAUUUAUCAACAACAUCCAGAAACGCAGCCGGCUUCUCUGGGCCCAAGCUCAUCUAAGAUGGACUGAUGCAAAGUGGGAAAGUGUUCUGUGGUCUGGAGAGUCCACAUUUCAGAUUGUUUUGGGAAAUAGUGGACGUUGUGUCCUCCGGGCCAAAGAGGAAAAGAACCAUCUGGGUCGACAUAAAGUUCAAAAGCCAGCAUCUGUGAUGGUAUGGGGGAGCAUUAGUGCCCAAAGCACGGGUAACUUCCACAUCUGUGAAGGCAACAUUAAUGCUGAAAUGUACAUACAGGUUUUGGAGCAACAUAUGCUGCCAUCCAAGCAAUGUCUUUUUCUUGGACGCCCCUGCUUAUUUCAGCAAGACAAUGCCUAGCCACACUCUGCACGUGUUACAACAGUGUGGCUUCGUAGUAAAAGAGUGCAGGUACUCCACUGGCCUGCCUGCAGUCCAGACCUGUCUCCCAUUGAAAAUGUGUGGUGUAUCAUAAAGCGUAAAAUCCGGCAACGGAGACCCCGGACUGUUGAACAACUGAAAUUGUACAUCAAGGUAAUGUAACACAGUGGUAAACAUGCCCCUGUCCCAACUACUUUGGCACGUGUUGCAGCCAUGAAAUUCUGAGUUAAUUAUUCUUUGCAAAAAAAAAAAAAGUUUAGGAGUUUGAACAUUAAAUAUCUUGUCUUUGUAGUGUAUUCAAUUGGAUAUAGGUUAAAAGGGAUUUGCAAAUCAUUGUAUUCUGUUACGUUUAUCACAGUUUCCCAACUUCAAUUGAAUUGGGUUUUGUACAUGUGGACCAGCACCUGUCAAAUGGACCUGCCCUUUCAGCUUCAUGCUCUGCAAAUUAACACGAAAAUAAUAUACCAUUAGUGACUGAAACCAUUGAUUUCAUGUCUUUGCAUAUUUCAAUCCAAUAUGUAAUUUCUCCUCAACCUAAGCCUUGUGAAAAAUAAUGUAUUUUCGAAAUAUUAUCUUAUUUCCUAUUGCACCUGAAACGUUACACUCUCUCCCUCAGCCAUCAGCCAUAAAGUGGCUGAACACACAGAACUGUGCUGACUCCAUCUCACUCUUGAUCUACAAAAUCAUUUCAGAGAUUUUAAUAACAUCCGUGUCUUUAAACAACCAGGAUAAAAUGUAUUAGAAGCCAACAUUUCAUUUGAAAUACAUUACCUUUAGUGCUCUUCCUUUAAUGUCAGCAGAGGGAGAGCUUGCAGCCAAGUGGCUCAUGUACUGCAAUGUUGCAGUACACUGGGCUGGGGAUUUUAGAAGGGCAAGCAAUGCUGGCUCAACAUGUGGAACCCACCGUGUCCCUAGAACAAUCAUUCGUUACUUGAACAGCACAAAAUACUUACAGGUACUGAGGAAAAUAAUGAAAUGUUAGUGGUUAAGAGAAAUACCUUUGACACUGAAAGGGUUGCUGAUGUUAACCCCCCAGCAUUUUGCCCACUUCUUGCAGCUCCCGCUGUGAUUUUGGGCUGUAAUGGUAGGUCUAACAGAUAAGGUGGAGGAGAUCAUUCUCUUUAACAACCAUGGGCUCCUUCUCUGGACAUUCAGCAUAGCAAACUCCAACCUAUUAAGGAGAGUAUAAAAACUAGGCUGAUUCAUAAAAAUUCAGUAUAAAUGUAAUAUGGGUUGUUUGACUGAAUAUACUGGGAUGGGGCAAAAGUUGCAGUAAUAAUGUAAUGGUGGGAUGACUAAACAAGAAAGUAUUAAAUUACUCUUGAUUUAUCUUUAAAGCUCAUAUUAACAGACGUAUUUUGAACACAGCACAGAACCUAUGAGCCAUGCAGUGGAGGGCAACGAUAUGUUCGCCAGGGGCAAAAACAACACCACAUUGCCCCAUGUUUGAUGCUUCAUGCUUUGGGGCUGUUUUUCUUCAGCUGGAACUGGUGCCUUAGUCAAGGUGGAUGGAAUUAUGAACAGUUCCAAAUACCAGUCAGUGUUGGCACAAAAACUUUGGCCUUCCACUAGAAAGCUGAAGAUGAAGAGGAACUUCAUCUUUCAGCACGACAAUGACCCAAAGCACACAUCUAAAUCAACAAAAGAAUGGCUUCACUGGAACAAGAUUGAGACUUUUGAAUGGCCCAGCCAGAGCCCAGACCUGAAUCCCAUCGAACAUUUGUGGGGUGACCUGAAGAUGGCUGUGCAUAGGAGAUGCCCUUGCAAUCUGUCAGAUUUGGAGCGGUUUUGCAAAGAAGAGUGGGCAAAUAUUGCCACAUCAAGAUGUGCCACGCUGAUAGGCUCCUACCCAAAAAGACUGAGUGCUGUAAUAAAAGCCAAAGGUGCUGCAACAAAGUAUUAGUUCAAGGGUGUGCAUAUUUAUGCAACCAGGUUAUUUUAACUUUUCUAUUUUUUAUUUUUCCCUUUGAAGGUUUCAGUUUGUUUUUCAAUUGCGUUGUAGAGGUUAUAGGCCACAUUAAAGGUGGAAAAAGUUGUGAAAAUAUUUAUCUUGCUGUCAUUUUCUUACAUCACUAAAACCUGGCAGUUGAACAGGGGUGUGUAGACUUUUUAUAUCCACUGUAUACCUUAGGGACAUGCCUACUUUCACAACUGGCCCUUGAUUGGCUGACAACCCUCGUCACGGAACAGAUUUUCUCAAGCCUGUUUACAAAGCCAGGUGGAGAGGCAGAAGUGUGAUCUGCUCUCAGAUCAUUUUCAGGCCCUCCUGUCAAUUUUUUAGACAUGACGGUCACACCUCCCGCUGUCUGUUUGCCUCUGCAGGAUGCUGCUCCAGGAAACAGGAAACACUACAGGAAAACUACAAAUCUGCCAUAAUGGACCAAAAGGGAAAAUCAUCCUAUAGACUAGGAUAAGGCGAGAGUCAUCCGCACCAAGGACAGUAAGCACCAGAGCUGGAUUAGGGAAGCUAUCGAACAACAUAACACCAGCUGAUAUGAAAGUAUACGUGUCUGAAAUAAAAGAAAAAAAGAAAACUGUUUUUACCAAGUAUCUUAUCUUUAUUGGCUCAAGUAAAAAUAAAAAAUAAACUGCAGCAACAACACUGCAAAAGAUGGAGGUAAAAUUUCCCAGACCUUCCGUAAUACUCUUCAUUUUUACAGACAUACAGUCAAACACACAAACAGGCACAUACACACAUAAAACCCUGGCCUCUAAAUAUAUCCCUGGCUGGUUCAUGACACAGACGCACACACAGCAGUGGUCAUGUGUGCAUGACAUCACAGCUUGCCCUGCAUGUGUGCCGUCCUCCAGCUGCAUCAUAGAGCUGAACAUUUUUCCUGACCUCAUUUCAAAUUUACAACUAGCUCUGAAACAGACUGAUGACUAUGUCAGAGACGAGCUGUUCAUUCUCUGCUCAACAAGACAAUUUAUGGAAAGAAACUGCCGUUCAGAGGUCAACCUGCUGCAGUAAAAGGCUGUUUUCUGAUGCGCUUCCUCCUGCAUGAUUCCUGAUUGUUCAGCUGCAGUCAGAACAGAGGUCAAGGGUCAGACAGAUGGUAUCUGUCAGGCUUUUAAUGUCAGGAUGGUUUCAGUAUACCAUCCUUAUUUUCAGGCUAAAUGCAGUCUGAUCAUUCUUUGACUUUAUGGACAAUAGAAAAGCUAGUAAAACUAUGUACUGUAGAUUAUAUCACAUCACAUCUCUCGCAACAACAGUUUAAACGUCCCUUACUAUAUAAGACAUAGUUUUUCUUGCUUAUACAUGCAGUAUAUACUGUAGACAUCCUCGAGCCUUGCACCCCUACCAACAUGCAAGCCAAAAAGCUCUGCAUUGUUUCUGCACCCACUUACUGAGAAAGCAUAGCUUCUUCAGGGUGAUUUAGAUGGUUUCCUGUGGUGAUGUGCAUGGGCAUGCAGGCAAUGCAACUCCCACUUCUUGAGCAUUCCACUUCUUCCUACAUUGUCACAGUUUUGCUUCGCUGUUGCAGAGUCAAGAUGUCAAAGGUUAAAGCUAGCAAUCAUGGCAAUAGUGGGUCAGGAUCAAGAGUCUUGAAAGAGCAAUAAAGUAAAUAAUCCAAAGGGAGCUGUGUGCACCCUCUGGAAAUGUUAUGAGCUAAAACUCUAUAAUGUUUAGUUUUUGACGUAUCAGGGAAGAGUAGUGUUCCUUAGUCAGCAUGAAUAGCCUCAGCUGAACCCAACGUUUAAUUUAAAUGAGUAAGAGUAAGAGAUGAUUUGAUUGCCUUUUGGUUGGAGCAGAGCCUAACGUCAGUCUGGUGGGAAACUGUUGUACAUUCAGCUUUUAACUAAUGAACAUUAAACAAUCAAGAAGCAAAAUGCAGUUGAAGCAGAGUAAAUGUCAUCAACCCUCCAGCACAUCAGAAAGUGCAGACACACAGGAGAUUAAGUGUGACUGCUCUUCCUUCAAGUGUAAUAAGUACAUGUAGUUGUUUUCUUUUCAAGGCUAUGAUGGAGAUCUGCUCUGUCAGGAAAUAAACCGCCCAGCCUGACAUGUGAAAACCUGGUGUAGACAUCCACAUUGAAGUGAGCCUCUGCAACAUAAAUCAGUGUAACUCUUCUCUCUGUAUGAAUGAGCAUCUGAGCUGCUCUGUCAGUGCACUAAAGAUGUUUUCCCCUCAGCUGAGCUGAUGUCAUGUGCUGCAGCCCAUAAUAACUGGCUUUUUCAGGCCUAUAUGGGUUAAUCCGCUGUUACAUAAGGCCAGCUUUAAUGGCUCUGUGUGUUUUGCUGCAGGUGAUGGCUUUAAUGGUUUACACGUUAAUUUCCACUUUAGACUCUGACCAGUACCAGCAUAGCAGGUAAAGAUAAUAACCACAGAGUGUAUUCACACACACAAGGACUCUCUCUAUAUCUCUCCCUCUCUCUGCUUCAGACACACACACACACACACACACACACACACACACACACACACACACACACACACACACACACACACACACACUUGUCACACAGACUGUUUGUGACAGAGGUUGACUGAGGUAAAGACUUCCUUGUGGCCACUGGACCCAGAGUGGGUGUAUUUUUACCCUGAUACAACAGAACUGCUCUGAAAACCUUUACUGCAGAGACUUUUAAAAGGCAGAAAUGACAACAAAAAACACUGGGAGUAUUUAACCAGCCAUUAUGGUUACUUUAGCAGAGAUAAAAAAAUUUUUGUGUUAUUGUUAAAGGGCUUCUUUUAAUAACUCUAAUACGAAUGUGUAUGUUUGUGAUGGAAAGACAAGUUGAACAUUCUUGGCCUGGUGUUAUAAGGUUUUUUGUUUGUUUUUAUUUUGUUUAAAUAUCAUUUGAAGUUCAUCUUUGUAUUGUCAGCUUCAUUACCAUCGUCAUGAUUCAUCUUCACCUGACUUUUGUCUUCUAAAGGAUCAAAAACUCCCCUUUAAACUUGUACAAACUCAUCCUCAUAAGAUAAAUUCAACAAACAGCAAACUUGGUUCAAAGUGCUUUCAAUCUUGAGUUUGAGGUAAGGCUGCACAAUAAUGGAAAAAACUAACCUUGCGAUUUUUUUCAACCCUGUGAUAUAUAUUGCGAUAUUAAAAAAUACAGGAAUUUUCACCGGAUGACCUGAAUAGCACUUAAUGUUAUGCUGCACCGCUGAAGUCUUGAGGACAGUUAACCUGCACUGAUCUUACCUCUUUUUUGUUAAUGUUUGUAGAAUGACUUCUGUCUGUCUCAGAGAUAUUUUUAGCUGUUAUUGUGCUGGGACAUUAUUGUGGCAACAGAUGAUCACAGAACAAGUGUUUUGGUCGACAUCAUCCUUCUUUUAACCGAAAUAAUUCCAGAUAAAUGACUUUCCUUUUCUUUUUGGCAACAAAUCUUCAUUUUCGGUGGUUUUCUCUUGUUCGUUGCUCAUUUGCAAUCGUUGUUGUUGUUGUUACCGGUGUUUUGCAGAGAAACGCAUGUCCUCCAAGAAUUGCAUGCAUCUCGCAAAAUGCGCACCGCUUAUAGUAGAGUGGUCCACGGAAAUAUACAUUGUAAAACCCAUACAGUUCUUAUUUGUUGGGCUUAACAGUCAUGAGUAAAGUUCCGAAGUAAUUUUCAGUGGACAUGCAUUUCUCGGCUCAACACCAGCAGCCAGCGACUCACUCCAUGUGCAGGGGUGUGGUUUCCGCCUCUGUGAUUUUGAUUGACAGCUGGCAGGGUAGUGUGAUUGACAACUGAGUUAAGAAUGAAGGUGAUUGGUGGAUCGCUGCACAGCACAUGCAGAGUCAAUUGCAGUGUAUCUCAGUCGGCUACCCUUGAAAUUAGAUGAGUUCAUUCACCUCCGACAUCGCAGGCUCUGCGAUGUGACUAUUGCACAUAUGUACAUUGCGAUGACGAUGCUCGAACGAUAUAUCGUGCAGCCCUAGUUUGAGGUGUCAUAUGGUACCUUUUUUAUGUUGGGUAAGAUGAAGCCUCUUUUACAAACUCAACUAAAGAUCUGUUUCUGGUAAAUUAAGGUGCAGAUCUUAACUUGUAUUUCAUAAAACAGCAUAGAUAUAAUGAAAAGAUGUAGUUUAGUUCCUGUUCGGCAGUGAUAUGAUGGGCAUUGAAUCCUCACUGUUGCUGUGUGUCUGUGUCCCACAGAGGAUGUCCUGACCAAGGAUGCUGGAGAAUGUGCAAUCUGCCUGGAGGAUCUGGCACAGGGAGACACCAUCGCUCGCCUUCCCUGCCUCUGCAUCUAUCAUAAAGGGUAUGAAGCUCUGUGUAGGCAAAUUCUGCAUCUCUCAUGUCCUUAUUUAUUCCCUAAAUAUGUGAAAGACAGAUGUCUGUAUAGCUCCUCCAGUAUAGAGAAAGAAAUAAUUGUAAAGUUCAGGUGGAGGAUUAUGAUGGUGUUUGACCUCUGAUUGUACAAAAUUCCAGAGUGCACAUUCAAGGAGUAAAGGGGAAAAGACACCUGAGUGAUGAUGACUAAAGCAUUAAGGGGACCACUGUAUCCUAAAUAAUAGAUCAAGUGUAUCUAAAAACAGCGGUCAGCAUCCAAAGGUCCAUUGAAUCUCCUGUAAGAAGCCUUUAACUUGUGUUGUCUUAUGCCAUCUAUACAUCAGAGGCAUUUGAGAAGAUUUGGAAAAGAAUCCUGGAACACUAUCAGCUCACACCUGCUCACAUCUAGAGACAUACUGAGUUUGAGGUAGCUCUUAAAAAAACUGUGAGUUGGGUGAAGCUGGAUGAUAAUAUCAAACACAUUUGAUACUGAACAUGUUUGAAAUUAUCAACUAAACCAAGCACAUUUGAUAUUACCACAAACUCAGGACUAGGAAAUGACUGAUAUGAAACAGAGCAGAUCACCACCUCAAAGUGAACAAUUGUGAUGACUGGAGCGCACUGUGACUCUGCUGUAACUCCAGGAUAACUUCAGGAUUUACUUAAAACUUCCAGCUUUUAGUCUGGGACUGUGAAAAUUUUUUGGUGGACGCCCAGCGUAAGGCCAGCUAUCCACCGGAGAUGAGAAAAUUUGGAAAAAAAACUCCUGGAAAACUAUCAGCUCACACCUGCUCACAUUUAAAGACAAGUGUUUAUAGGGUUUGCGAUAUUAUUCAACGUGUUUGAUAUUAUCAAAUGUAACACAACCAACAACAAGUAGAUGAGCUCUGACAAAAACGGAAAGGGACUCCUGACAUUCAAAAGUGGAAGAAGAACGUAUAAAUUACUAGUUUGCGUUUUAGUUUUUAACUGCCAUGUAAAUGUACACACACAUAUCCUGUUUGUAUGUUUAGGCUUGAGUUAAUGAAUGCAGCCAAUGACCAGUGCUGUUCAAGUGGCCUCUUUUGGCCAAAUGUCUUUUUUCUUGUUUUGUCCUGAAAUGCAUCAAUCAAACAAUAAACUCAGUGUGAAGGAAAUUGUCCUUCAUUAGAUUAUUAUACUUACACAUUGGGCUCUAUUUUCGUGUCUGCCGGCGAUGCGGCGGAGGGUGGCGGACCCCAUGCAGUGGUAUUUUCAUCUGGCGGAGCCUGGCGCACAGCCAGUUUGGUAUUUUCGUAGACUGAGCCGCGCUGAGGUCCACCAAGCUGGGCGUGGAUGCGCAGUGAGGGGAGGUGUCAACAGAAUCAGCUAGCGCAGUGACAUUUUCAUGCUCGCCGGUGGCGUCUAAAGUGCGCUGAAAGCUUGCCAAUUCAAACCUGGUCAGCUUUCAGUGCAGGCAGAGUGCAGCUGGUCUAGAGGUAUUUUGGUAGACCAGCGGCGUAUUGCGCUUACGUCACCAAUGCCUCACAGGCAGGUUUCCACAGUGUCAGGCACAUUUCAGUGCAAUAAAUAAUCAUCAACAACCACUAUUCAGUGCAACUGUCUGAAUCAGCACAUUUAGAUCUGUAGUGUUUGGCACGCGUUUGGACACUCCACCUGACCGAAUCAACACAGCUGAAACCACAUUAAAUUAAAUAUCCAGUAAACAGUCACACAUGAUGAAGUUAACAAAAUAUUUAAUUUGUCUCCCCGCUUAUUCUCCUUCUUCCUCACGCAGCUCAAUAGGUGUUGUGCCGUAGACGCUGCAGAUGUGUCGCACACUGGGUCUGUACAUAGUCAACUGUCAGCUUCGAGGGGACUCCAUCGGUCUCUUCACACACACGCACACAGCUCUGCUUUUGGCAACAGCACAGUAGACUAUAUUAGACCUAGACCCCUUCUGUCUUAGGGCAUUCACAUGUAGCACAGCCCAGUAGGCUCAACCGCUCCAAACAGCCUUACAGGUGGACAAGUCAUAGCAAAGAUGAUGAUCAGAGAGCAAUUACUUGAGGCCAAGUAAUGAUGGCCUCAAUCAGGCUGUUGGGGGUAUUAACAAUAUAUUUGACCAAACAGCAUCUCUAUCCAAUCUAAACAAAUCUAAGCAUCAUGGUUCAAACAAAUCAACUGAUGAAAAGUUGUCAGAUUCUGGCUGCAGAUCUCUGAGAGAAACACUCCGUAAAUUAUCCAAUAAAAAAAACAAAAACCUGGCAACCUGAUAAUCUAGAGCUCCGCCUUCGUUACUGGGAAUCACCGAAGUUAUAUAGAAAAACACUGAGCACUAUAAAGAAACAACAUGCGCAGCACCUCCUAGGAGAAAUUGAAGAGUCUAUUGACUCCUAUAAUUUUUGGAAAAAAUGGCAUUCAUUUAAGAAAUUUAACAAAGAAGAACUGGCUAUUCAAAAUGGUGACAUUUGGAAAAAACACUUUGAAAAUCAAUACGGUGCAAUCCCUCUGGAUUCAGCCCCAAAUAAUCUGCUAAACAGAUUAGAAGCCCUUGAAUCAGUUGUUAAAGACAAUCAAAACCCUCUAGAAUAUGUUACUAAUGAAGAGUAGCUGCUGACCAAGAUCCAGGCUGUGCAUCCAAGGAAGGCAAGUGGACUGGAUCGCAUCCUAAAUGAAAUGCAUCAGUUUAGCAACCACAAACUCAGGACUGCCUUAUUGAAAUUAUUCAAUCUUAUUUUGAUCAUCAGACAUUUUCCAGACACCUGGAGCCAAGGAAUAAUCACUCCAAUCCCACAAAAGUGGAGACAAGUAUGAGCCCAACAACUACAGAGGCAUAUUUGUCAGCAGCAACCUAGGGAAGUUAUUCUGCAGCGUCGUUAACAGCCAUCUGCAAAACUUCCUCAGUGAGCACCAUGUCCUGAACAAGAGUCACUUUGGAUUUACACCCCAACACAGAACCACUGACCAAAUCUACACCCUCCACACCCUCAUCCAGAACAUGUUCACCAGGACAAAAACAAAAUCUUUGCUUGUUUUGUAGAUUUCAAAAAAGCAUUCCAUUCAAUUUGGCAUCAAGGCCUAUUUCUGAAAAAGGUAUUGAGGGAAAAAUCUAUGAUAUAAUCAAAACUGUGCAUAAAUAAUCAAUGCAUGGUGAAAAUUGGAACCAUGGAAACAGACUUCUUCUCCCAAAGUAGAGGGCUGCAGUCUCAGCCCCACCCUCUCCAAUAUCUAUAUUGAUGAUUUGGCCAAAUCCCUGGAAGAGUCAGACAUCCCCGGUCUCACUCUCUCUGACACACAAGUCAAGUGCUUACUUUUUGCAGAUGAUCUAAUCCUGCUCGCUCCAUCUAAGGAGGCUCUGCAAAAACAAUUAGAUCAUCUACAAGAAUUCUGUCUGACCUGGGCCCUUACCCAGACAAGACAAGUCAUGGUUUUUCAGAAAUGACCCAAGUGUCAGAAAGACCAACACCGGUUCCUCCUGGACUCUACAGACAUACGACACACACACAGCUACACACAGCCCUUUGAAUUCAGAUCCAAAAAAGGGCAAUCAAAUUCUACCAACACCUCAAAGCCAGCCGCCCCAGCUCCUACCACUACAAAGCCCUGCAGAACCAAGAGAAGAACAGACACGGGAGCCCCCUCAGCCAGCUGGUCCACAGGCUCAGCUCCACGAGCACCAAGACCGCCCUCACGCAAUCCGGCCCCCCAACCAAAUUAUAUAAAAACAAAAAGACAACUACAUUAACUAUUGGACAUCUACAACCGCAACCCAAAGCAAACUUCAAUGCUAUCUGGCCCUUAACAGACAAUACUCCAUGGCAGAUUACCUGAGUUCAGUAACUGACCCCAAAGAAGAGGAGAACCUUGACUGUGUACAGACUCAGCAACCACAGCCUGGCCAUAGAAAGCGGCUGCCACAGGCAGACCUGGCUGCCUAGAGAGGAGCAACUGUGUCGGCUCUGUCCUCACACACAGCUGGAGACAGAGCAGCACUUCCUGCUGCACUGUGACACAUACACACACAUCAGGACACACACACAUACACUAAACACACAUAAACACCCAGCUUCACCCAACUCACAGACCAGGAAAGGUAAAGACAUCUUCUAAGAGAGCAAAGGGCCACUGCUUUAGAAGCAGCAAAAUAUGUGAAUACAUGCCAUCAAAAAAGAGAAGAAGAGCUGCUUAAAAUAACCUGAACAGCUGCUCUUGAGUUUGACCAACAACAUAAUACUACUAACACUAUUUGUUCAUUAUUGUUAUGUUAUUGUUGUUGUUGUUGUUAUUGAUGUUAAUGUUGUGUUGUUGUACUAGUAUUUUAAUGCUUUGGCAAUAUUAUUAUAACAGUCAUGCCAAUCAGCCUUAUUGAAACUGAAAUUGAGAGAGAUGGACAGAGGAGAGACUGAUAGAGGGAGAUGAAGAAAGAGAGAGAUGAGGCUCUAUUUUUGUGCCACGCCAGCGGCCUUCGCCAAAAACCGGCGAAGGCACAGCAUUAGUCCCUAACUCAGUUCUUUCCAGCAGCGUAAGUAGCAAAGAGGGAGGGGGUAAGGCAUGAGGUGGGUCAGCCGAGUCCUGUUUUCACCAAUCACAUCAGCUCCUCUCCUCACCUUUAAAUCCGCCACCGUCGAGGCGUAUAUCAAAUUUUGUUAAGUAGUAAAAGAGAUGACUAAGGACAGCAACACCAUACGCCAUACGAUGGUGACAGAAGGCAGCCCCUUAACAAGUGUGUCGCGGAAAGCCCUGUCGCCACAGCAGCAGCAGGAGUGGAGAGAGGACAUGGAGACAUGUCCGGGUCGAGCUGUGCGAGAAAGCAGAGGAAGAGAGAAAGGGGGCAGGAGACGAAUUCAAUAUCUUGUUUACUUUAUCAUGUGUGACUAUUUACUGGAUAUUUAAUUUAAUGCAGUUUCAUCUGUGUUAAUUCAGUCAUGUUGAGUGUCCAAAUGCAUGCCAAACAUGAUCAUAAGAUAAGAUAUAGAUCAGGAUAUAUCGAUAUAGAUCUAAAUGUAUGUGCUGACUCAGAUAGUUGCACUGAAUAUUGGUUGUUGUUGAUUAUACAUUGCACUGAAAUGUGCCUGACACUGUGGAAACCUGCCGGUGAGGCAUCUGUGAUGUAUGCACACUUUGCCGCCAGUCUACCAAAAUACCACUAGACCAGCUGCGCUCUGCCUGCGCUGAAAGCUGACCAGGUUUCAAUCGGCGGGCUUUCAGUGCACUUUCCACACCAAGUACGAAAAUGUCACUGCACCAGCUGAUUCUGUCGACACCUCCCCUUACCGCGUCACCACGCCCAGCUUGGUGGACCUCAGUGUUCCUCGAUCUACGAAAAUACCAAACGAGCUGCACUGGGCUCUGCCAGAUGAAACUACUACUGCACGGGGUGCGCAACCCUCCGCCACGCCACAGGCAGGCACAAAAAAAAGAGCCCAUGGACAAAGACAUUACAACAACAGUACCUUCAGAUGUUUGUUCACAGUGACAGAGAUAAUGGAACAAGGAUUAUUGACAAGAACAGCAUGAUAAUGAUUACAGACUGAUCUGAGUUUGAUUUAUGGAACAUAGUAGAGUCAAUCCAGAAACAGCUCCUGUAGAGGAUGGUAAGAAUAACCAAAACUGACAUGACAGAGAUUGGUUCUCUGUGUGGGAGAACAUCCACAGCCUGUGCUCAUCCAAUGCCUCUUUGUCUAAAUAAAACUUUCAAAAGGUCCCGGAAGUUCAUCUAACCCAGAAAUACAGAAGAGGGAACGGAUAGGCAAGAACUGAGUGUUAGUAUAGUGACUAGGAACGAAAACAAAGUCACUGAGAGGCUAAGUGAGGGAGCUUCCGCAUUGGUGACUCGCUACACAAACCACAAGCCAUUUCCGUGUUUUCCGACUGAGUUCACAUUUAUUUCCAACGCCGCACAAACAGACAGACAGGGCAAGGCAAGGCAAGGCAAGAUGAUCUAUGGGCUUAGUUUGAUGUUUAAAUCAAGCGGUCAACAAAAAAUACGCUCUCCCUACUCACCCCCUCUCCAUGCAGCCGCCGCAGCACCCAGGUGACUAUAUGUCCAUUCAUUCAAUCAUUCAAUCAUCGCGCCUUGACCACACCCCCUCGUGACGUGCAUGAAAGGUGCAGCCCAGACAGUUGAUGUCAACACACACAAACCUAACCACUUCUGCAUAUGGCACCUACAACCCAGCCCCUAAUUAUUACCAUUAUAAUAAUUACACUAUGACAAAUAAACGAACCACGAAAUCCACCAAUGUUCUUGUAAUAGUCCAUCAAUACAGUUCAUCAAUGUGCUCUUCUUCCUGGAACACAAGUCAAGUCUAGCCAAGUUCAAAAGUUCAGACACACAGCUUCACGGAGGAAAGUCAUGUCGUGCUGUCGGUCAGUAAAGUCAAUCAAACUAUCCUUCCAGAACGGAAGAGUCAGGCAUCCGAUUCCUGCAGAAGACAGACUUUGGUUAUGGGCCUUUCCAAGGAGCUGGUCUUGGUCUUGAUCUGCAGCCGUCGCACAAAUCCUCUUCUGUCUGGGAAGGUUUGGAUAACCCUUCCCAUGACCCACGAGUUCCGUGGUGCUGUUUCAUCCACAAUAAGCACAACGUCCCCUUCUACAAAGUUGCGCUUGAUACCAGUCCACUUCUGACGUUCCUGCAACUGUGGCAAAUACUCCUUAGUCCAUCGCUUCCAAAAUAAAUCAGACAUGUACUGGACCUGCCUCCAGCGUCGAUGAGCGUAGAUGUCGUCUCUUUGAAACUGCCCAGGUGGCAGGGAAGGAGAGGUUUUCAACAGCAAGAGAUGGUUAGGCGUCAGAGCUUCGAGGUCGUUAGGGUCGGUUGAGGCCUUAGUAAUUGGACGGCCGUUAAUGACUGCUUCCACCUCACAGAGGACAGUGUGUAAUCCCUCCUCAUCCAGAUUUUGAACUUUCAAGAUGGAGUUCAAGACCUUGCGCACUGAUCUGAUCAACCUUUCCCAGGCACCACCAUGGUGCGAUCCAGCUGGGGGGUUAAAAAUCCAUUUCACCUCCUUCUGAAGAAGAACACCAUUUAUCUGAGCUUGAUUCCAACCUCUGAUAGCCUCUCUCAGCUCACGCUCUCCUCCAAUAAAGUUCGUUCCAUUGUCUGAUCGAAUUUCUUGGACUUGGCCACGUCUUGCCAUGAAUCGUCGUAGUGCAUUAAUAAAGGCGUCUGUAUCCAGCGAAGGAGCCACUUCGAUAUGAACAGCCCGUAUUGCCAAACAGGUGAACAUGACUCCAUAUCUCUUUACAAUGCUCCUCCGGCUCUUAACCUCGAAUGGUCCAAAGUAGUCCACACCGACUCUGGUGAAUGGAGGUUCGUCUGGGCAGACCCUGUCAACAGGAAGAUCAGCCAUCAGCUGACACCCUGGGGCAGCUUGCAACCUGCGGCAGACAACACACUUUGACAAAAUUCUCCUUAUGGCUGUGCUGACCCCAGGAAUCCAGUAUCUUUCACGUAGUUUGGACAACAUGUAGUUGCGUCCUCCAUGACCAACUUGUUGAUGUAUGUGUCUCAGGAGAACGUCUGAAAUGUGGAGCUCUUUGGUCAGAAUGGCAGGGUGUUUUGCGUCUUCAGGUAAGGCUGCUCGGCUCAACCGACCACCAACCCUCAGGAUACCAUCCUCCAACACAGGAGCGAGCUUGAAGAUGUGACUUCUCCUUUUCACACUUUCGCCCUUCUGCAAACUAGAGAGUUCAUCAGGAAACCUCUUCCUCUGACAAAACCUGAUGAUUUCCUUUUCAGCUACCUGCAACUCGUCUACCGUGAGGAAACCUCUCGGUGCCAGGUCUUUGAACCCUCCUUUUCCAAGCUCCGAGGACGGUCUUUGUUGUUUCCCUGACUCCGACUGAGUGGACGCAGAGUCAGUCCUCUUCUGGCUGAGACCCCGCAGCAUGUUUUUUAGCCUGAGAAACCAAGCCACAGCCCUUCUCAGAUGGGUCCAAGAGGAAAAAUGAUGGAUUAGUUGAGUGGUUGCAUCCACAUCCUCUGAGGCCUGCACUGCAUUCACUGCCACACUGGCCUUGACUUCUGGAUCGUUCAGCAGGAGUUCGCCCAAGCAAUCUGGACUCACAGGCCAGUCUCGCUCAGGUUGCAGGAGAUAUGCAGGUCCUGACAACCACGCCUUGUUCCUCAGGAACAUGUCAACCCUCAGUCCCCUGGAGGCCACAUCUGCAGGAUUGCUUAGGGUGUUUACAUACUUCCACUGCGAUGGAUCUGACACUUUGAGUAUUUCUGCUACCCUGUUGGCGACAAAGGUACGGAACCUGGAAGUCUCAUUCCUGAUGUACUUCAGCACAGAGGUGCUGUCAGUCCAAAACGUUGACUCUAUUAAUGACAUGUGCAACUCCUUUUUCCAAAAGGUGUCCAGACGGCUUGCCAUUGUAGCAGCUGUGAGCUCCAUGCGGGGUAUUGAGACCGGCUUCAAAGGAGACACCCUGGACUUUCCCAUGACAAAGCUGCUGUGCAUCUGGGAACAUGCAUUCCGCAGGAGAAGGUAGGUCACUACACCAUAACCAUUAUUGCUUGCGUCUGUAAAAUGGUGCAGUUGCGCCACAGUGACCUCACCAAAGUCUGGGGGUUUAAGGCACCGCGAAACCUGGAAGUGCUCUAACUGAUGGAGCUCCUCUAACCAGCUCGUCCAUUCCUGUGCAGCUGAUGGUGGUAUAGGGUCAUCCCAACCGAGUCUUUGCCUACACAGCUCCUGCAGGAUGAUCUUGGCAGAAAGAACAAUGGGACUCAAGAUUCCUAGAGGAUCAUAUACUGAACUGAUGACAGAGAGGAUCCCCCUCCUUGUCAGGGGCCUGUCCUGCACCAGGAUUCUAAACUUGAAGACAUCAGACUGGAUGCACCAUUGCACCCCGAGCACCCUCUCCACUGGUAGCAGGUCAUGGUCCAAAUCCAGGUCCUUCAUGCCCUUAGCUCUUUGGUCCCCUGGAAUUGCUGCCAUCACUGCACGGCUAUUGCUCAUCCAUUUGGUCAACUUAAAGCCUCCUUUGGCACAUACAGAGACCAGGUCAUGAUACAGUGCCACUGCUUCUUCCUCACUGGCCGUCGACACCAGACAAUCGUCCACAUAAAAGCAGUGCAGAAUCCUCUCAGUGGUCUCUCGGCAGAACUGUUCUUCAUUGUCCUUAGCACAUUUCCUCAAUGCAAAGUUAGCACAACUUGGUGAGGACGUUGCACCAAAAAGAUGUACCAACAUUCUGAAGUCUACCAGAUCUUGGGUGCAGUCACCGUUGGGCCACCAGAGAAACCUCAGUAGAUCAGCGUCUUCCCUUGGCACCUUUACUUGGUGAAACAUGGACUCUAUGUCUGCCAUGAUCACUACCGGUUCUUUCCGGAAUCUGGCCAGGACGCCAAUCAGCGAGCUAGUGAGAUCCGGCCCUUGCAGCAGUUGAGCGUUGAGAAAUGCUGACUGGAAAGUGGCAGCACAGUCAAAAACCACACGGAUUUUUCCUUUUUGAGGGUGAUACACACCAUGGUGUGGGAUAUACCACAAUCUUCCAUCAGUACGUGCCAGCUCAUCUGAAGGUACUUGCUCUGCGUAUCCAUUGGUGACCAUAUCAUUCAUGAAAUCAGUAUACUGCUGAUGAAAUAACGAGUCCCUUUUGAACCUCCUCUUCAGGUUUAGAGCACGCUGCUCGGCAACCUUCUUGUUGUUUGGCAUGGUCACGGAGCUUCGCAGGGGCAAUGCAAUCUGGUAAUGACCAUCUACAAGCUUGGCUGAAUCCUGGACCAACUUCAUGAACUUUUGGUCCUCUCUUGACUGGCCAGGUUGCUCAUCGUAGCCACAUUCUGGGAAAUCUGUUCUGAACUGCUGCUGCCAGAGCUCCUCCAAGUUCAGGACUGAAAUUCUGUUAACGGUCGCAACAUCCAUUCCAUCACCACUGUUUCCCCCCAGUGGCCCAUUAACAGUCCAACCCAAAAUAGUCUUGAUGGCAUACGGUCCAUUGUCCACACUACGGAUGACUUGUAAUGGUUCCAGUGCCCUUGGUACGUUUGUUCCAAUCAACAGCUCAACUUCGGAGUCGAUAUCAGGUAAGUGAACAUCUCUCAAGUAUGCCCACCUCUCGAGAUCCUUUUGACGUGGAAUAUUUCCUCUAUGCACCGGCAUGCACUCCUGUGAAUAGGUGUUGGGCAAAUCACAGUACGUCUCUCCGUCCAAACCGGCCACCUCCAGUCCAGUGACCACACAGCUGUUAACGACCUUCUCCUGACCCAUUGUCCGCAAAAGGAUUCUUGUCCUUUUUCCUGAGAGGUUGAGCUUGUUCAUGAGGUUUACUGUGCAGAAAACAGCCGUGCUACCUUGAUCCAGGAAGGCAUAAGUAGCCACUACAUGAUUACCUUUCUUGGAUUUAACCAAUACUGGAACUAUAGGAAGCUUGCACUCAUGGCCACCAGCCCCAGUCAGCCCAUUAGAUACCAGAGCACAGCCCACUGCGGCGCCUGGUUCUUCUUCUGUCACUGGGUCCUUUUCCUUUGAAUGGAUGUGAAGCACUGUGGGGUGUUUCAAACUACACACUUUACAUGAUAGACGCUUUCGACAGUCCUUGCUGAUGUGUCCUAUACACAAACAGCCGAAGCAUAUUCCCUUUUCCCUUAAAAAGGUGAUCUUUUCAGUGUGAGUCAUCUUCUCCAUUCGAGAGCAAUACUCCAACAUGUGCCCACCCUCACAAAACAGACAGACUUUCUUGGCUGAUGAGGUUGUGUCUGGCCUCCUUCCUUUUGUUGCUGUGUAAUUGUGCUGUACAGUAGUCACUGUUGUAGCGAAACUACUUCCCUUUGGCCGAGAUCUAGGUUUUAAGCUGGUUCGAUUCAUGCCUCUGUUUGCUGCUGGUGAUGAGUCUUGAAUGUCUCCAAAUACUGGGUCUGUUAGAAUCUUUGCUUGCCUUUCGAUGAAAUGGACAAUAUCAUUGAAUGUAGCCCUUUGGUUACGUCUUUCUUGUAUUUCACAAGCAGUUGUCCUCCAUCGAUCCCUCAGCUUGUAAGGCAGUUUUUUUAUUAUUGUCAGCAUGUUAGCAGGCAUAUCCAUUUCGAACAUAUACUGCACUUCGUUCAUCGCAUUUGCGCAGCCUCUGAGAAAUAGGCUAUAAUCUUGGAGAGCUUUAACGUCCUCUGAUUUUAUUGGAGCCCAUGACAAUGCCUUGUCCAUAUAAGCAGCAGCAACCCUCUGUUCAUCCCCAAAAUGUUCUUGUAAUAGGAUUUUAGCUUGAGCAUAGCCCCUGUUAGGGUCCAUAUGCUGGCAGCUUCUCACAAGAUCUCUUGGACGACCUCUAGUGUAUUGCUCGAGGAAGUACAGGCAAUCACUAUGACUGUUGGACUUGCUUUCAAUACAGUUUUCAAAGGCUCUCAGGAACGUAUGGAACUGCAGUGGGUCACCAUCAAACACCUGGAUAUCUCUUUUAGGCAAGAGCGCAUGUUGCUGCUGUUGUAUCAGUAGUGUUGUGAUUUCAUUCUGUCUUUUCAUGAUAUCAAGGACAUUGUUUUGCUCCCCAUGACUUGCUGAAUCCCCAACAUUAAGACUGAUUCCAUGAUGUAAGUGAUCAUUAUGAGCAUUGAGCAGAGGAUUAAAAUCAGGUAAGUGGCUCUUUAAAGUGGGAGGCUGAAAGUGAGCAGCAUGGGUCGAGCCAUCUGAUUUAGGCCUUGUCACAGGGUCACGGUCCAUGAUUUUCGAUUGCUGUUUAGAUGUUUCCAGCCUCAGAGGAAUGAAAGGAGUGGCAUUGACAUUGAACUUUGUUGUUUCUUGUUCAUUUUUAACGUAGGAACUCAUUGCAUUGGACCUGUCCGUUGUAGUACUUUUCGAACCAGAUAUGCUUGCAGCCCUUAGAACGCUCACUUUAGCCAAGUGUGCAGCAAUCUCUUCAUCCAACUUGAGCUUUUCCUUGCGUUUCCGUAUUUGCUGCUCCUCCUCUUCCAGUGCAUGUCUGUCCUGUAAAAGUUUUUGCCGUGCCAUCAGUGCAGCUAAAUCAGCUUCUGCCUUGAUGCGAGCAGAAGAAGUUCCUGAUACGUUGGACCUUUUACCACUCCCAGAGCUUUUUCCACUCACAGCACUUUUUGCAGAUCGUUUGCUUUGCACAUUUGAUAUGCUAUCACUUGGGUUCACGUCAUCCUGUAGACCUUCAUAAGGUGUGAUGGGGCCUGUGUCCUGUGCUGCUGCCUGUAAAGCAUCAUCUAUUUGAGGGUCACACACAUGCUUUGUUGCUGCAGCCUCAUCAUUAUCCACGAUAUUUAGAACAUGUUCAUUCUCAUCCAACCACUGAAUCACAUCAUCCUUGAAUGUACUGCUGUAACGUUCAAUACUGGAGAACCAAUCAUUCUGUUUAAGUUUUUCAUCCUCAGGUAACAGUGGAAUUAUUGUUUGAUGCAGGUUGAUAGCAGUAUCAAGGAGCUGAGUAAUAGUUUGCAACUGAGAUUUCACUUCCUGUACAUUUUCCUUUCGUUUCAUCAGCUCUUUCAUUGCAGGUAUUAAGCCUUUUAUUUUAUUCACAUGUGUUUUACGUUCAUUUUGUAGAUUUACCACUUUAUAUGCCAAUGCUUUUGCAGUAAGUUUCACAUUCCUUUUAGCAACCACAGUUUCAUUGUUUUCCACUUGUUCCAUGGCUUCACUCAUAUUGUCCUUUUGAGAUUCGGCAGUUCAGUGGUUCGCGCAGUGAAUCCACAAUACACCCAGCAUAGUUUUAUUUUUCCACAGAUUGUUUCACAUCAAUUAACAUCGGAAAACACCACAGGUAUUUACUCUCAACGAGCAGGACAGGCUGUCUCAGCGGACUUUCACACACGCACAGCGCUCCCCAAUGGAUGCGCUGUAUGCGCUGUAAUCAAACUGCGUUCCGUCCAACAUACACAGAAUGAAUGGAUGCGAGUGAUACAGUCCUACCGGUCUGAAGUCCACGUUGCGAUCAGUCUGGCGUUGCAGUUAGACACCGUGUGGCGUGAUCGCGUCCGUAUAUGCCGUUCGGGUGUUGGUACUCCUUUUUUGUUGACAAAAUAUAGUGACUAGGAACGAAAACAAAGUCACUGAGAGGCUAAGUGAGGGAGCUUCCGCAUUGGUGACUCGCUACACAAACCACAAGCCAUUUCCGUGUUUUCCGACUGAGUUCACAUUUAUUUCCAACGCCGCACAAACAGACAGACAGGGCAAGGCAAGGCAAGGCAAGAUGAUCUAUGGGCUUAGUUUGAUGUUUAAAUCAAGCGGUCAACAAAAAAUACGCUCUCCCUACUCACCCCCUCUCCAUGCAGCCGCCGCAGCACCCAGGUGACUAUAUGUCCAUUCAUUCAAUCAUUCAAUCAUCGCGCCUUGACCACACCCCCUCGUGACGUGCAUGAAAGGUGCAGCCCAGACAGUUGAUGUCAACACACACAAACCUAACCACUUCUGCAUAUGGCACCUACAGUUAGUUCAGAAAAUAUUGGCCAAAACUGCAGACAAAAGAGGUUAGAUUUCCAUUUGAAGUGAUCAUCUUUCACUACCUGGUGUCACUCAAGAACAAAGAUUCUGAGGAUUUCCUUAUUAAGAUCAUUCUUUUCAUGUCUGACCCUCUGCUUUCUUUCAGAUGUAUCGAUGAGUGGUUUGAAGUGAACAGAUCAUGUCCGGAGCAUCCAUCAGAUUAA